AGAGCAGAGGGUCUCAGUCCGGCCCCUCAUUUCUCCCAGCUCAGCUCAAGGUAGGCCCUUAUCUUUCACAAGAUGUUUUUAAACACCCUGCCCUGUAUAGCACACACACAUACACACAGAGCGGGCUCCACUCUACUGUCCAAAGCAAUCUGUCCAUCUGGGAUGGGUACCACUCCCUUCUCCUCCUCAUCCAUCACUGGCUAUCUCUCCUAUUCUCAUUUGCAGUGUAUUAUCCUUUAGCCUUGGACUUAAAUAUUUUCCGUUCUAUAACAACAAUAAGACUGUUUCACUGAAUAUGUCCCUAUAGAUAACAUUAAGACUGUUUCACACCCAUGUGGGAGUCAGGCAUUUACAUUUCUGCAUAUUUUACCUGUGGAUUUACAUCUGUUACCUGCUCCAUCCAAGAUAGUGGCUCCAGCAGUGAACUGGUUAAUAUAUAACAGAUCUAGUUAUCAGAGCUAUGUGCUCAUUACAUGCUAAAUAUAAAUGUAUUUUAACCCAGUUUUAUGUGUAGUUAUUUACAAAGUCUACAAGCAUCUGUGUUGAGAGUUCACAAUAAUGGUGUUGGUAUUUAUAUAAUAGUUUGUCUAAAUAGCAGGUUAUUUACACUUGGGGGUUUCCCAUAGAUAUAUCAUUAAUAUACCUUAUCCUCUACAUGGUAUAUUUUAUGUAUUUUAGUUAUAUGGCAAAAAUACCUGAAUCCUUAUUCGCUUUAGGCAACAAUUGAACACAGGAUAGGAGUUGAGAGGAGAGUAGUAGUUUGCUGUGUUUUGGGUAUUUAUAUUUUUUGUAGUUGUAAUAAAUGUUCGCAUAUUACCAACAAUAAGAAUCUUUACCAACCAUUACCUCAUUGAUAUGAAGUCAAAUUGUAACAAGCAUUCCAAUCCAUCCAUUGUAUGACUACCAUUGCCCUGUGCCUUUUAAAAUAUCCUUGCAUGGUACUGUACUGUCCCAGCAUCCAGACACUUCCACUCCAGAAUAAACGCCAGAAAAUAGCCCACACGGUUAUCAACAAAGUGGGAACUUUACAUUUUAGGCCAACAAAAGAAAUAUUGAAAACAUAAAUGACUUGAAAUCUUUCCAGUUUGGCUAUUGUUUUGUGAAAUUUGACUUUAGUGAGUAUUCCCACCAGUGCUUAAAAAAAGAGAAGACUUAUGAAUGUUAUUGUUAGGAAUUCAAUGUAAAUUUCAAAUAUUAGGCUAAAGUAGCUGAACUGAAAACGUUUUCCAAUUCGGCUGUUUAGGCGUAACAUUUAAAAUUCACUUUGAAUUCGUAACAAUUUACACUUUGGCGAAUAAACCAGUAUGAAGGAACAAUAGAGUUCUAUGGAUGCAGAACUAGUGAUGGUGCAUACCCCCACCAUAUCUAUCAACAGCAUUGCCGCAGCUAGCAUAUGUGUGUGGGUGACAAGCAAUAAGUGAUUACUCACAACCUGAAAGCACAAUAGUGGCCCAGCUGUUAUGUGUCCAAAGAUUUUGUGUCAGAUGGGCCAGUAAAGAAACGUUUUGGCUGAAUACACGCUAUAGCUAUGAUAAAAUAUGGCAGUCAGCAUCAUGUGUGGAUGUCUGUCUAUAUAUGGUACUAGGCAACUCAUUAAAAUUGAAUAAUGGACUAAAAUAUUGCAAGUAAACAUGCAAUAAGUAAUUAACAACUGAAUCUUGAUAGGACAUUUAGCUGUAAUCCCUUCCUUCCCAAUACUGUAAAUGCGCAGGCUAAAUUUAGUUUUGCUACUACUAGAGAAAGUUAGUUAAGAUUUAACUGACAGUAUAACAGAACUAAUUAUCCAAAUACAGUAUUUACUUGAAUCUAAUGCGUACCUUUUUUGUAAAAUAAAGUUUCCAAAAUUUGAAUGUGCAUUCGAUGCAAUGGCACAUUACAUUCGGAGGAAAAUUAGAAUUUUUCCGACAAACUGCAUUCCAGCGAAUUUCAUUCCGGCGAAUUAAAACUGGUGACUUCAAACUAGUGAAUUAAAUCUGGUGAUUUCAAACAGACAAAUUCAAACUCACAAAUUAAAACUGGUGAAUUCACACAGGCAAAUUUUGUUUCUGUAAGAGGGCUUAAGAAAGAAUAGACUUAACAUGUAUCACUAAAAUUGAAAUACCAUCGGGGGGGCGGGGCCUGACCGCCAUGCAGACAAGACGCACAUGAAGUGAACUCCUGACAAGUGAAACCAAACAACUGAAAAUAAAGAUUUUCCACCUAAGAAAACGAGCUUUCACCCGGCUGGAGUAACUAUACACUCACGGGAGACAUUUCCUACGGCAUCUCCUCACCUGACAGGCGGUCAACACCUGAAGCUUCUUUGGGGCCUACUUGCGGGAGUGGCUGGGGAGAUACGGCCGGUCUCUCCGCUGCCUGCAUUGCUGGAGCACGAAGAGGCAGAAGGGGCUCUUGAUUCCUCCCCCCCGCUGUUGAGGGUCAUAACGGCAACAGCGCACCAGCUACAGCUCUCCAUUAAGCCCAAGCGACUAAACCCGCGCCCAAAUGGGGGCGUCAAGGCCUAGCCAAGAUGGCGGAGCAGUUACAGCGCAGCACUCGCCUCCCAAGCCGCCCCAGCACACAACAGAGUUUUUCUACAGGCUCUGUUCUUACCUGUGGGUGAAGCGUGGAUCCGCCCAGCGACACGCCGUGGCCUGCGGUGGAACCCCCCACGUGGCUCCAACAUAGCCCCCCGACAGGACAACACACACGACCCCAAACUUGAGCACGGAACCUGCGGGAGUACCCGACCUGCCUUCCAACAAGGGCCCCCAGCAACAGCCGUCCCGCACAGCGCAACCCGACACAGUGGGACUAACACAGCCGACAGCAAUAAAAACCACACCGCAGCAGGGUUGGCAUCUGACCGGCCAAAACAAACAAAAACCCACGGUCAACCGGAACGAGAGCACCGAGGGGGCAACCGCCUGACCGUGACAGCACAACCACUGGCACCCCACCAAAUGAGCGAGCCAUCCCCGAGCAAGGCAUCCUCGAGAUGGAUGCAACAGAACACCCGGUGGGCAUAGGCUGAAAGGGGAAUCCUUACAGGCGUAUGGUGCUGGACCCUAGCCUCUGCCUCAGGCAACUCAUGGGACAUGGCUACCGAUAGCAACAUAUGACAGGGUCAGGCCAGCUAUAUAUUCUCUAGGCCUCUUACCCUCUAAACGAACACCGACAAGCCUAAUUAAGACGGACCCUCUUUUAUAUGACCUAUUUUUAUGUCUUUCUAUUAUGCCAUUUAUUUAUUUAUUUUUUCUUCUCUCUGCUCGGCCUGCUAUAUGUACUUCAAGUGUCUCAUGCAUGUUGAACCCACGUAUUCCUAGAAUGUAACCACGGAAGUCUCACGCGGCCACUAACACACACAGGAAUUAGACACCAAGCAAGCCAAUAGCGACAUACUGUUUAAAGCAGAGGGAGGCCCAGCUAGCUUAUUUACUUAAAGCUAACAACAUUUUUGCAUGGUUAAGCAUGACCGCAGCCUUCCAUUAUGUUAACCUAAGAGCAAGGCGAAAAGGCAUACUCGGACGACUAGCUAGUACCAGGGAGUGCUAUAACAGCAAGAUGUGCUAAUAUGUUUGGGUCAUAUAGAAUUAAACAGGUCCCCCUGACUGCCUACUUUGGGAUAAUUAGAUAAAUCCCUAAUAGCAACUGACUAACACUUUACCCUUCGCUGUGUAAAAAUUAAGCAUGUAACUAAUAGUCCUUAUCCUACAGUUCGUAUACGAAAUCCGCAAAUGCUCCUGCUAAUGCUUAACCCUUUACGUUAUAGAACAGUUUGUAAUUGUUUGUUUCUCAUGUUAAGAUACUAUAAAAAUGUGCUAGCCAAUCACAUGCCAUAACAAGUCAAUGUUCUAGCAUGUAUGUUCUUUACUAUGCACAAGAAAAAUAAAGAAUUAAAAAAAAAAAAAAAAUUGAAAUACCAUCAGUGUUACUAUGGUAUAUGGGAAUAAACAUUUUCAUUGUAGCACAAUGUUGUAUAGUUGUAUCUUCUCAAAUAAAUGCUCAUUACAUUUGCCAGCAAAACAUUUUUCAGCUUCCAGGUUUCAAAAAUCGAGGUGCGCAUUAGAUUCAAGUAAAUACGAUAUAUUGUUGUAAGGCACUUAAAUCUUGGCUCAUUCUCACAUCCCAAAUUUGCAAGUUUAUCCAGCCCACCAGGGAAGCAAAAUCAAUACUUUACUACCGACAAUCAAUUUUUUAGUACUACUUUAGUGAGUAACCCUAUAUAUAGUUUUCCUCUGCUUGACAAAAAGGUGGAGUCAAGUCUUGCCGAAGAUUGUCAAGUCCACAUCCAUCAUUAGUAAUGGGUGAAGGGAAAAGGCUCUGUGUAGGGGGGAUUCUGCAAACACGCGGGGUCUUGCAUGGACCAUAGUGUUGUACUCUCGCACAUGAGACAUUGUCAGAGCUGCUUCAAGUAUAUGAGCUGAGUGGGGAACUCACAAAUAGUGUUCUUUAUUUUACUCACUGUGGUGCCUGACUGCUUUAUUUAUUUCUUUAUCUUGAAUAUUGUAGUGAAUGAUUGAGCUAUCAGCAAGUUUCUUUAUCCAUGCUAGAUACCUGCAGAGUCUGUCCUUUGAAAGAGCAUGAACAUCGGCAAUACUAACAGAAUGUACUAUUAAAAAUGCUCUUUGAAAAGGUGGUGGGAUCAUGUGUUUACCUGCACAAUUUGCUGUUAUUUUUUAUAGGUAGUACUCUACAUGUUGUGAUAUUCUGUUUCUUUCUCCCCCUCACCCCUUCCAAUAGCGCUGUUUUUUUGUGGAAACACUUUAACAUUAACAAUAAAUAUAUUUAAUUUAAUGUUAGAGAAGGUUCCUUACUUAGAAUACAUGCCUCGACCUCUGUAAAAUAAAUUAAAAUGCCAGUAAAGUCUGUCUAGUUCAUGGGUAGUCAACCUGGUCCCUACUGCCCACUAGUGGGUGGUUUGGGAUUUCAGGUGGGUGGUGGUGGGUUCUGCAGAAAAUGAACGGUGGGCCUCGAUGGCCAUGGACCAAGGCCGUCAGGGUAGAUUAUCUCCCCUGCCUGCCCAUGCAGAUCCAGCCUUGCUGUUCGCCCUCUCGGGCUGGUGAGGAGUUUAAAAAUCUCCCUCACUGGUCUUCUGGCGCUUAGUUCCAGCAGAGGGAGGGAAGGGCCUGGAAGUCUCUGUGUUCCUCCCGCGAGCAGGCUGGUUGGAGGUUUUCCGCGCAUUACCAUGGCAACACUCCGAUACAGUGCUGUGCUCGCAGGAGGACAAGAGAGUCAGGCUGCAGCUGAAGGAGCUGCAGGCUAAAGUGAACAUGCCACCACUGGACCACCAGGGUUUGCCGCAUUAUGUCCCCCCUCCCUGGUAAAAGGUAAGAAGAAGGCAGGGGGAGACAAUAAGAUAGAUUUUUACAUCUCAUCAACCUACACACAGCAUAGAUCUUAUGCAUCUUUCACACAUAGAUCCUAUAUACCCUUCACACACAAACAUACACUACACCCCUCACACACACUACACCUCUCACACACACACACACACUCACACAGACUGCCCCCUCACAACACUACACGACUCACACACACACACAGACUGCCCCCUAACACACAUUCACACACAAAGUCUUCCCCCCUCACACACACACACACACACACACACUGCCCCCUGACACACUCCACAUCCCUCACUCACACUGCCCCUUCACACACAAUGCCCCCUCACACACACAGACUGCCCCCUGACACACACCACACCCCUCACACACAAUGCCCCCUCACACACACUGCACCACUCACACUAUUCACACACACUGCACCAGAUACACACUCUGCCUCCCUCACACACACUGCACCUCUCUCACACACACUACACCCUUCACACACAGCACCCCUCACCCACACACUGCACCUCUCUCUCACACACACACACACACACACACACACACACAGAGCACCCUUCAAACACACAGCACCCUUCACACACACACAAACACACACCAGUAGAAAAAAAUAGAAUAGAAAAUAGAAAAAAAGAAAUAGAUAAAUUCAAGUAAAAUUUUUUUUUUUGUAAAUCCUCAUUUCUAGAAAAAAAAAAUUGCAUUUGCGCUAUAAAAUUCGUUACUGCGGCACUGGUGGGCAGUAAGGAAAUUUUACCAUCAACAUAGAUACAAAACUGUGCGGUAGGUAUUAAAAGGUUGAUACCAACUGGAAUGAUAAAUUUUUAAAAAAUCUCAUCCAUCCAUAGGUUGUGGGGCCCCUGAUGGAGCGCAGGGCUCCAGCAACCUACCGCUAUGCACCUUACCCCCCUUUUCCCAUUGAAUGAGACCUGGCAGCAUUACCUGCUCUCUGCCAGGUCUUCUUCUUCCUGUCCCAUGCGGUGCACUGUGUGAUGGGAGAGGCGGGGCUAGGAGGUGACAUCACUUCCUACACUCUCCUCAUACACAGAGCCCUCUCACAGCCAGCGAGGCGAAGGAGCAGCAGCCUGGGAGAGACCAGAGGGAGCAGAGAGAGAGAGAGGAAAUAAGGGGAAGAUAGGGAAUCACUCUUUUACCCCCUCCCCCCCUCUGUCACCAGUCACCCCCUCCCUCACUCUGUCACCUCCUUUCCUCACUGUCACCCCCUCCCUCUGUCACCCCCUCCCUCACACCGUCGCCCCCUUCCUCACUCUGUCACCAGUCACCCCCUCCCUCACUCUCUCACACCUCCCUCACUCUGUCACCAGUCACCCCUUCACUGUCACCCCCUCACUCUGCCCCCUGUCACCACCACUGUUACCUGUCACCCCCUCUCUGACAUCUGUCUUUCCCCUCCCUCCCACACUGUCACUUGUCACCCCCUCCCUCACUCUGUCAGCUGUGUGUGCUGGGGUACCAGUCCUCAAAGUCUGGGAUGUUCCAGGGCCAGUGUGCUCCUGUUAUGGCCUGAGGCUGCCCUCCCGUCCUGUAGGCCUUGCCGCCUCUGGGUUUAGUUUUGGAUUUGGGCGUCAGGAAGAACAGCAUCGGUGGUCACAGUGGGGUUCUCUGAGGUCUGUGCUUGUAUGUGUGGCCGGGAUUGAUACGGGGUGUCCCCGAUUGUGUCAGAUUGCACCGGAGCUCCGGCAAUGUGCAUCUGCUCCAGUCCAUGUGGGCCUCGCCCCCCCCCCCCCACGGUUUACUAUUUUUAAACAGUAAUAUUUGUGUUCAGCGAAAUCUCCCGAGAAUAACAGUACCCCCAUGUACGGGUUUUAUGGUGUUUUCAAAAGUUACUGAGUCAAAUAUAAGGCUUGAAUUUCCUUUUUUUUCACAUUGAAAUUUGCCAGAUUGGUUAUGUUGCCUUUGAGACUGUAUGGUAGCCCAGGAAUGAUAAUUACCCCAAUGACGUCAUACCAUUCGCAAAAGUAGUCAACCCAAGGUAUUGCAAAUGGGGUAUGUUCAGUAUUUUUUAGUAGCCACACUGGCCCAAAUUAGCAUUCAAUUUAUUUUUUUGCAUUUUUCACACACAACAAAUAUGAAUGCUAACUUUGGCCAGUGUUAGUGACUAAGUGGCUUCUAAAAAAGACUGGAUAUACCCCAUUUGUAAUAAUUUGGAUUGUCUACUUUUGCAAAUGGUAUGCCAUUAUAGGGGUAAUUUUCAUCCCUGGGCUACUAUUUGGUCUCAAAGGCAACAUAACCAGUCUGGAAAAUUUCAAGGUGUAUAAACUGAAAAAUGUAAUGUGCUAUAUUUGACCCUGUAACUUUCCAAAACACCAUAAAACCUGUACAUUGGGAGUACUGUUUUACUCGUGAGACAUCACUGAAUACAAAUAUGUGUACUUUAUUGUAGUAACAGCUAACAUUAUUGUGACAUUCACAGUUAACAUGCCAUGCAUAACUAAAAAAAGUAACAUUUCUUAAUUUCUCAAUUUAUUAUUUUAUUCAUAUUACAUUAUGUUUAAUAUACAAAUAUUUAGUGUGACAUGAAAGCCCUGUUUCUCCUGAACAAAAUUACAUAUGAUAAGUGUGGGUGCACAUAAUAUGAAAGAUGUGAAUUACACCUGAACAGACAAAUAGUCCAAAUUCAAAGUUUUGUUUUGUUUUGAUCACAACCUGUACAACUGCCUCAGUCCUUAAGGGGUUAAAUAGCAGCUUCAAUUCUCACAGAAUUUAAUAGUUUAUAAAAAAAAAAAAUCUCCUCACUUGGGGUUUUAGUUACAGUACAUGAUCAUACAACACAUAAGCAUGCCACAACGCUAUCCUAUCCUAGCAACCUAAUGCUCGCUCUUAUGAGAUUAACCUAUUUACAUGGGAAACCCUUCCACCUUGGUCUCUCUGUGGUUUAAGGUUAAGUAGGGCCUUGGAAUGAGGCACUUGGACCAGGGUCAGAUUGUCUCACUGGCAUACUGUGAAAUUUCCUGUUGGGUCAGCAUACCCUCAGAAUUGGUGCAACCAACAGGCGGCCACCUAGGGCACACCGCACGGGAGGGGGGUCAAUUGCUGGAUGACUGUCAGGAGGGGAGCGCACAAUAUAGCGCUCUACCUCCUGACAGUGACUGCAUGUAGCACGUGACCAAGUGGACUGCGGUAGAGGAUCUUUUUUUUCUUCUACCCGAUCUGACAGGCAGUAAUCACUGAGAGCAAUGAACAGCUUUCUGUCAAACCAGAUUGAGUAUACAGAAGAUCCUUCACCGGGGUCUGCAUGGCCAAAAAAUACAAAUGGAAGCAAGAAAAUCAAAUUUAUGCCGAAGAGUUGAUUGACGAGAGAAAGACCCCUUAUUAAAUAGGUUUUUAACCUGAUUUUCAAUGGGGGUUGAAUGAUUUUUAUUACAACUGUACAUAUACAGUUGUAAUCAAAAUUAUUUAACCCCCAUUCAGUAUUUGUGUGUGUCUGUGUGUUUCUGUGUGUGGUAAUGUGCAACUGUAUGUGUGAACACUCGCAUGCAUGCAAACACCAAAAUCAGACACAAACCCACCCCGGCAUUCAAACACUAUCACUACACACAAAGACACAGCUGCAGUUAAACACUGACACUACACUAAACACAUCCCUGGAUCCAAACACUAACAUUGUUCACAAAAACAAUCUUGCCUGCACACAUCAACUCUACACGUAAACAAACCCUGCACCUCUUCUGACAUAUGUUAUAUACUAAUAUAUACACACAUGCUCCAUACACAAACAUGCCUACAUAUUCACAUGCAGGCACUGCAAGGAUGGGCAAUGAUAGAUCAACAGCUGACAGAGCAUCGUCAGACCUUUAAGACACUUUAGAUAUCUCUUUUGGCCACCCUUGCUCUGUGGUUGUGGUCCAGAUGUUUUUGCUCCAGAUUCCUCUCUGGGUGCAUAUUCUGAGAUUCCUUAACCCUGCAAUAGUAAUUAUUGCAGUUAUUGAGAAACUGCAAUAAUCACUAUCUAGGGUUAAUUCCACCUCUAGUGGCUGUCUAUCAGGCAGCCACUAGAGGGACUUCCAAGUUGUUAGGUGACUUUUGGUUGCCUAACUGAUGCUGGACAUCCUCAUGCUAUGCAUGGGGACAUCCAACGUCACCCAAAACCCCAUAGGAAAGCAUUGUUUAAUGUUUUCCUGAGGGGGAAGUCCUAAUGCGAGCGCGGCCAUUGCCAUGCAUGCGCAUUAGGACUCCCCUGUCGGCUGAUGUCGGCGGGGAAGGAGCGGGUCCAAGUCCCUUUUGCACAAUGGGGAUGGAGAUGGGCACUAUAAGGAGCUAUAGUGCCCCCAAAACAACUUUGUUUUCCUGGCAUUAUAGAUUCCCUUUAAGGACCCGUUAAAAACAGUUUGGGGACCCCAUUUUCUGUCACAUUUUAGGGAUUAAGAAUCACUGUAUUACAAACAUUUAUAGGGUUUUGUACUAAAGUGAGAAAUGUCUGGAAUUCAAAGUGAACUUCAAUAGUUUGCGUAAAAGACCCGAAUUAGGAAAAUUUACAUUGUUUUCAGUUUGGCUAUCUUGGACUGACAUUUAAAAAUUCACUUGGAAUUCACUCCGGCUAUUCUCUCAUUAGUGAAUAACCCUGGCCGUGUGCUGAAUGUUCUGAGUUCUUACUGCAAGUAGCUUUUUUUAUUUGUGUUUUAAAUAUUCGUAAUUCUAACAACAUGACCACACAGAUGGUUAGUUUCACAGGAAAAUACUAGCAUAGGUCAUAUUUUUUUGGUAUAAAACCAGUGACGUAUUGAUGACAGAAAUUGAAGUGACACUGGGGGCUGAAUGACAUUCAGGAUGGAAGGAAUGUAAACAGCAGAUAGAAACAAGAAACUCACAAGCAUGACACAUUGUCUCUUCUAGUAACACAUUCCAGUGCAAUAAUAAAACAACCCACACACACCACCCACAGCAUACGCAGAUUGAUGGAAUCUUGUCACCUCCCCAACCAAGAAAGUGGAAAGCAAAACAGUAUUUUGAAAUAGUAAAAUCUCUAAACUGUAAUUAAAUGUUUUAAAAUGUAGAAAGAAACUACAGCAGAAUGGCCAUGAGACCAUUUUCCACCCGGUCCUUCGGUAGAGGUAUCCCCAAUGGGAUUAUAUACAGUUAUUAACAUAAACAAACCGAUAUAGUCAGAGUGAAUGUUUCCAAAUUUUGUUUUAUAUCUUUAUUGAACUAAAUUAAAAUAAAUCACUAAGAGUAAAUAUAAAUAUGGAAGAGACAGUAAGUACACUAUAUACAAAAAACAAAAACAUCCUAUAUACCCACACUUAUAAAAUCCAAUGUAAAUGGGAAUUAUUGUACAGGUUCAAAGUCUGGAAUUCCGUAAGAAUUAUACUUAAACUGAACAACCGUAAAUCUUAUAAGUACUAGUGGAGUCAAACUCUUACACCACUAAAAACAUCUAUAAUGAGAUUGUUCAGUCAUGAGUUUGUUUAACAAUUAAUCCUACGGAAUUUAGUAGAUAAGCCAAUAUGGAUUUUAUAUUUAUAGUAUAUAGACUCAGUAUGUUAUAGUAUAGGCCCAGUAUGUUUAACACAAAAUGUAAACAGAUAAUCUUAACUGCAAUUUAGAUGCAUGUUAACCUAAUGGUAUUACUGAGAGCAUUGUUAAAAAUUAUGCUGGAAAGGGGUAGUGUAACUGAAUUGCCAAGGUGCUUAUACCACGGUCGGACAUGUUGCUGGUUAAUUUUCUGAAAACCUGUUUGUAUUAUUUUGGUUUUAAACUAGAUAUAUGCAAAAUGAAUAAAUCCAACUCCUUUGUAUGGGAAUUAGAUAUAUAUCUAUUUGAAUUAGUAUAUACAGGAAAAGGAAAGUGAAAAAGAGUAAAGAAGGUAAAAGAACAGUGAGGAGGAUAUGUUUUUCAAACGCCACGGCUAAUUAUAAACCCUCCCUGCUUAAUUAAUAAAACACUGAUCAUGUAUCCAUGCUAGCCUUUCAUCGGCACGCCUGGUUUUAAAAGUUUAGCAUGCUUUGAGGUUUGCUGUCAUAUACUGAAGCAUGUCAUCUGCCAGUGAUGCAGAGCAGAGAAUAGAAGAGAGUGGAUAUGAGACCAUGGAUACUUUUUCCAUAAAGCCACAGAGGCCAUGGUCUUUGGGCAACAGGUUGGAGAGAGGUGGCAUGGCCAGUGGGCAAAUCAAAGAACUCUAUGUCACCUGCCAGCCCAUUCUUUUGCCAUGGGACCAAGGCUUACAGUGGAGAUCUUCUCGGUUGGCACUCGAGUAGAGAAGGGUGAAAAUGGCCGGUGGAGAGAUCUAAGAUCUCCCUCACCGGCCAGAUCUUUGCUGUAUCAGAAAAUUGCUGUGGGUCACCACAGUAAUGUUUUGAUACAUUCCCGCAGUGCUGUCGGGAAGGAGUUGCCUGCACCCAUAGGGGUUGCAGACAAGCAGCAUCUCCCGCUGGAUCACCAGGGACCAGGAUUCCCCUCUCCCUAGCCCAACCUAAGCCCCAUGGAAGGGAAAUAAACUUUUCUUUUUUUAUUCUGGCCCUCAGCCAGUAUUCCCACACUACAGCCCCAUAUCCCCCCACUAUAGCCACUACCCCUUACCAUAGCCCCUACCCCCACACUACAGCUAGUAUCCCUCCACCAUAGCUCUUACCCUCUUUACUCCAUCUCCAUUUUGUCCUUCAACACACACAACAGUCCCCCCACCCCCCACCACACACACACACACUACAGCCCUUAUCUGUACCCCAUCCCUUAUCACCCCCAAACACACAUACACUACAGAUCCAAUUUCCCUACCUGUACUAGUCGUGUAGGUUGUGGUCAUGUAGUUAAUAGUUGUGGUCAUGUAGUUAAUAGUUUGGGUUUGUUAUCUUUGAGUUUAAUUAUAUGUGUCACAUUAAAUUGUGAAUGUUUCCAAGUACUUAUGUAAUGGCUAUGUGGUUUUGUGGUUCUAUGAUGUUGCUAUGAGUACUUUUUGACUGGUGUUUGAUAUCUAGCCGUUGGCCAAGCUUGCUGAUAAGAGAGCAGUUUUCCAUAGAUCAGCAACAGAUAAAUAUAAAUCAUUUCCAGAUAAGAAAAAAAGCAUUUUUCACUGAACAUCUUUUAUCGUUUAAUUAAUCCAACAAAUAGGGUCAUUAGUGUAGUUAGUUCUUUUGUUACGUGUUGUUUCCUUGAAGUCAUUGCUUAGUCCGUCUUGCUACACCAUGUAUUGCCCUCUCCUCAGCACUGCCAUUUGACACCAUCAAUCUUUGCUUCCUGGCGACCUCAACUGCCAGGAGCCGUGUUCACUAUGCUACUGGCACGCAUACUCAAGUGUAUAAAAUUAAGUCUGUAUUAGAUCCCACAAAAUCGCUGGACCUUCUAUAGAUAGUCUUGCAUUAGUGCAAUAAGGGGCCAUAUAGAGAUCCAAUUUGUGAAGGAUGAUUGGAAAUUGCUGGUAGAAUCUCUGCUUUUUGACAAAGAUUAACAAAGAUUGACAAUUACAUGAGACACAUUAGUCUCUACUUUGUUCUAUGUAUAUCUUUUAUUGUGUUAAUAUUUCAAAGAAGCACAGUCAAAAUGAGCUUUUCAUAAAAAUUCUCUCUUUAUGAAAAGCUAAAAAAAUAAAAAAAAGUUUGUGUAAAUAUAUCAGUGUUUUACACCAUUGCAUAUGAAUAAAUAAUAGUUUCUUUCCCUUUCUCUCCAGAAUCUAGUGGUCUGUCCACAUGAUCCUCUGUUCUGAUGCAACCCGUGGUAAUGCCUGGUGGAGCUCGCUCUCUUCUUGACCAAUGGCCGCAUAGCGCAACUAGCAGCACUACCAAUCAUCUAUCACAGGUACACUAUAUCUCUGCAGGAUAAAUGUCACAUAAUGGGAUUGUGAAUAAAAAUUAAAAUCCAGCGCACUGCCUUGUCUACUAAACACAACAUUGGUGCUGAUAGAUUUUGUUAGUUUUUUAAAAACACCUAAUCUAGGCAAAAAAUAAUGGGGGUUUAGUUACAUUAUCUGAUCAUACAUUGCAUAAGCCUGCCACACCGUCAAUGCACCCCAUCUUUGGCAGGUCCUACUCUAACAGCCGGGGGGGGGGAGGAGAGUGGGUGUCCGUUGUGGACCCUAGGUCUUGGGUCUGUAAGGGUGCUAUGGAUUGCUCCCUAUGGGGAAGUAGUCUGGGUAUUAGAGUAGCGAUGUGCCCUGGCUUUGGAUAGGGUAGGAGUGGACUAUGUACCCUCCGUUACCUGGCGGCUUCGUGGGUGGCGAGCAGCUCACUGGUGCGGGUCAGUGCAGCUAAGAUUUGCUGCAGGGGGAGGGAGAGUUAGUUGGCCCCGCUUCACUAUGCCCAUUGCCACCGACCCUUAGGAGACAAUCUGGGGGGCCCUAGCGUGGGGUGCGUCUAUGUGUUGUCACAAGGGAAUGCAUGGGGAUUUGAGAGUAUCUGGCAUAGGUCUAGUCCAUGAGACGCAGCAGUGGUAGUUCAGGUGGCGAACGCCGUACUGGCGUCUGUGGAAUAUUACAGUGCAUUUUGAUGUAAUGAACUGGGGCAGCGAGUCCGAAAAAAGGUUUACAACAAAACAUAACAUAAUUUUAACAGGUUUGACAAGCUUACCCUAAUAUUUACAGUGAUAUCUAGUUCUAGUAAGGAUUAUUUUGUAGUGGACUGAAUUAGAGGAUGCUCUUUUGCACUGUAUACAAGCUUUAGGCUAGCAGUGUCUUGGAAUUAUGGAAAAAGGGUUGAGGGUGAACAAGGAGAAGCAGGGAGAAAAAAGGCUGAUAGUGGUGUGAAGGAAAGGGUACGAGGUGGUGGGCGGAGGGUGUUUUGCCACCACCAUGGUGGGAAUUACGCACAAGACUUUUCCACAAGUUGCCCCUAUUUUCAUAAUCUUCCCAUAGAAUCCAUGUUUUCUGGAAUGCUGAGAGAGUGUUUCUAACAUGUGCAAUCAGUUUGUUCAUUAUGAAAUUAUCCCUAAUUUUUUGAUUUACUCUCUCAACCGGGGGAUUCUAAUUUUCUAAACAAUGCUAGGCGAGGGCUCUGUGAGCCCCCAACAUAAUUCUACUAAGAAGUUUAAUUUUCAUGGGAACCAAAGCCUAAAUAUCAAGAAUAAACAAGGGUCUUUGCAAAAUACAAGAUGCAAGAGACCUCCCCUCCUUCCAGUACGACACCACUCUCAGAUACAUCCACCAGAUGAGGUCAAUGUUUCUGCAUGUAUUUUCGUAGAGAUGUCUCCAUGGAAUAAUAUAUUUGUGUGUGUAUUGACCCACAAUCUACAGCACCGAGAAGUGUGUCGCUGUAAUGGUUAUGAUAUUAAAAAUAAUAUGCAGAAAGCAUAGCAUGAUGGAUCAUACAGCCUACCCUAAUAGAGCCUGUGUUUAGAUUUCCCUAUAAAUGUUCAGUGUUUGGCGGGGAGGUUGCACUGAGGGGUGUGACAGUGGAAUUUGUCCCAAACAAAGCCUGGUUUCAUCAUGAAAGGGCACAAGAGUUACAGUCCGCCCGGUGACAUUCCUGCGGGGGGGCAGAGUUCCCCAUACUCCCUCGAGAUGCAUUCCUACUUGGUGCAAUCUCUCCCUAAAUCUCUUUCUCUGUCACGCUCACUACAUCACCUGGCCACUAAUUUUCUCACCUAUCUAUCUAUCUUUAUUUCACUUAUCUCUCUCCAUCCCUCUCAGCUUCUCCCCCUGUUAACUACCUCUGAUUAGUGCUCUGUUAUAGCCCCACUAUUGGUCUUUCCCCCCCUUUUUUAAUUAAUUUAUUCUGUCUACUAGCUCUCCAUCUCCCUCUAUGGCCCCUGUACAGUAACGUCUACUGGUAGGGCAACUGAGGACUAACCCUUUUAUAUCAUUGCUAGCAGCACGUCAAUCUAUCCUGCUGAGUUUGCCCUCUUAGUACUGUACAUUGCAAUUUUAUCAUCUUCCCCUAUGUUCCUCACACUCUCACAAUCUGCUCUUAUAGUCUUCUUAUAGCGAAAUAACUGUGAUACCGUAUCCUGCAUCUCUCCCAUCGUCUCCUCUAACCAUGACCUCUAUACCCUCUUUUCUGUGUGCGAACAUUGACUGUUAUCGCUUGCCUCUCUGCUAAUUCUCUAACGUCUUACACCCAGCUUUACUCGCUUUCUUGCAGGUACUAAAUUCCGGGGACGCUGCAGAAAAUAACAUUUUCUCCGAAAUGAACCUGUGCUGGAGUGAAAUAAAGAAGAAAUCUCACAGUUUGAGGUACUGUGAACUAUUUUACUGCCAUUAAGCAAGACACAUGCAUUGUAUAUGUUAUUCCCAAAAGAUAACUUUUCUGUAACCUAAAUGGAUUACUUAACCUAUUGUAUGCUUUGUAUGCUUUUAUGAUUUUUUUUUUCUCUGUACUUUGUAACUCCGGUGACAGAUGGAUUGUUAAAUACACCGUUGUCAUUAGUCUGUUUUUUCCCUAAAUUAAAACAAUUAUUUUACUAUUGCAAAGAGAGAUGGAUUCUGUGGAUUCAGUUUAUUUAUUUUUUGAUUGGUCACUACAGACAUCCAAAGAGUUUAUUCCUGCUUCUCCUAUCCCUUAAUAAGUUUUUUCAUUUUGUUUGAUUAUUUAAUUAAUAUUUUGGAUCCUAUUUGAUCUACAAGGCGAGUCAAAAGUCUGGAACCAUAUACAUGCCAGAAAGACCCUUAAAGGAUCAUUUUCUAUCUGUAAACAUUCAUGUGCUUGUGAGGGUGCAGUAUGAAAUAUCUUCGAAGUACCUCUUAUACAUGGUGCUUUGUUGCAAACUUUUGGCUCACCCUGUGUUUUCUUUUAAUAAUAUUUAAUAAUAGUAAGCUCAAUAAAUGUACAAAGUUUACCUAUCUACUUAGGGUUCUAGUUUGUUAUGUUAGCUGAUUACUCUUGGCAGUUUAUUGACAUCUAUAAUGAGUGUAUAAAUUGUUACCUGCUUUAGUGGACUACCAGUAGAGAGUUCGUGCCAGAAAGGGAUUACCGGUACCUUCAGGAUGUAUCAUUGUGGAUACUAAAUAUAAUGAGCAAAACUUUGGUUGAAGGAUAAAAUGCAUUUACUUUACAACUAAUCAUUUAAUAAACAACAACCUUUCCCUUUUGUUAAAAUGAGUUUAUUCUGCAUUAAGGAAAAGUGGCCCAUGGUUAGAAACCUGUAGUUCAAGAAAGAAAUGGGUGGUAUUGAAAAGGGACUACGAAAUGAUAGCUAGGGAAUGCUAGCAGAUGGCUGUAUGUGUGUUCUACCUGGUAUACUGCAUUGUUCAUAAAAUAUACACUUUCAAAUCUAACAAUGUGUUAAUAGCGAUGGAACGGAUAUUUACAAAGAAUAGUAGUAAUGCCUUGUGUGACCAGCAAUAAACACAGGGUUAAAACUUAAUUAUUGGAAGAAAGCAUAUACCAAUAUAUAUAGUGAAAAAACAUAGUGGCCAGUAGGGGUGAAAUAGUCUCGGAGGAGAUGAUUAUUUCCCCCCAUAAUAGGGCACUCAGAUGACAUUUAAUGUCCCAUCAUUUAUAAAUUCUUCCAGCAGUUUAUUAAUAGAAGUAGCAAUGUCCAUCCUAUAGGCUUGCUUGGGUAGGGCUAUCUUCACUUAAUGUUCCCAUUUGUCAAAUAUGUUUUGUUAAAAUUUAAUGUUUGUCUUGUUUACAUAUUGUACAGUGCUACAGAAUAUGUUGGGGCAAUAUAAAUAAUUUUAAUUGGGGAUGCAUGUAUCAAAUAAAGAAGUGUGUGAUAGGGAACAGACUGUUCUAAGGUAUCAAGUAAAAUGGCACUCUAUAUUCUGAUUAUACUUUUUGCCUGAGGCCACAUUGCAUAGAGCUGAUUUUGAUGUACUCUAUUGUUUAGCUCUGGCUUGUCCCUCAAGACAUGGAAUUUUAGGUAAAUUCUGAUCUUCUCUGGCCAAUGAUGGGAGCCCUCAGACUAAUGUCUGCCUGCUAAGCUAUUAUUGCUGAAUGUAAUACUGGUAUACUGCUAAAACACUUUAUUCCAAAAAAAAAAUAGAGAUCAGAUUUUUUGCCAUUGUAACUUGUAGUUUUUGUUUGUAACUAGUUGAUCGGACUACUUUGUAAACAUUAUAGUAUAUUGAUAUAAUAAAAUGGAGACAUUUGCCCCAUCUCACAGAUAUCUUAGGCUAUUGCCCUCACUACUACAUGGCCAUCAGAUUUAUGGAUGUCAAUAGCAAUAUCACUGGUAGUGGUGUGGGGGACUUGUGACUUCACUUUUUGUUUCAAAUUAUUUUAUUGAGGGUUUUUUUGCAAUUUGAAAAAACUUAGACCAUUUAAUAUAAAUGUUAUUUAAUUUUUUGGUAAUCUAAUAAGGGGUACAAUUUCUUUGCUUUGGUUGACACAAACAUAUGUGAUGUGUUCCCAUGGGGCCAGUAUAAUGUGCCACACAUUACUCUCUGCUUUGAUGGGCAAUGAGGAUGUGUGUGCAUUAUAAAGAGCAUAGGCAAGAGGGGGAAUUAUCUUGCCCCAGUCUUAAUAUGCUCAUGUUACACUAGAUGGGUAAAGGGAAAGUGUAAAGAGAGCACUAUUCAAUCCUGCAAAGGUUUUGGUAAUUUUGCGUUAAAUCGUUUCACUUUUAUAUUACCAUAAUAAUACUGAUAAAAAAAUAAAUAGAUACAUAGAUAAUAGCCAAUAAAACUUAAAGGAACACUAUAGUCACCUAAAUUACUUUAGCUAAAUAAAGAAGUUUUAGUGUAUAGAUCAUUCCCCCGCAAUUUCACUGCUCAAUUCACUGUCAUUUAGGCGUUAAAUCUUUUUGUUUCUGUUUAUGCAGCCCUAGCCACACCUUCCCUGGCUAUGAUUGACAGUCUGCAUGAAAAAAAAAACUGGUUUCCCUUUCAAACAGAUUUAAUUUACCUUAAAUAAUUGUAUCUCAAUCUCUAAACUUUAAUCACAUACAGGAGGCUCUUGCAGGGUCUAGCAAGCUAUUAACAUAGCAGGGGAUAAGAAAAUCUUAAUUAAACAGAACUUGCAAUAAAGAAAGCCUAAAUAGGGCUCUCUUUACAGGAAGUGUUUAUGGAAGGCUGUGCAAGUCACAUGCAGGGAGGUGUGACUAGGGUUCAUAAACAAAGGAAUUUAACUCCUAAAUGGCAGAGGAUUGAGCAGUGAGGCUGCAGGGGCAUGUUCUAUACACCAAAACUUUAUCAUUAAGCUAUAGUUGUUCAGGUGACUAUAGUGUCCCUUUAAAUCAUUACACACAAAGCAUUUGUAGGGUGUAGAUAUCAAUAGCAACAAAUGGCUGUCUCUCUGCUAUACUCUCAGAUUUAAAGGGAUAAUAUAGGCAUCAAAACUACUUUAGCUCAAAGGAUUACUCCAGCCACCAUGACCACUUCAAUGAUUUGAAGUGGUCAUGGUGAUAGGAGUCAGUAAGUGCCGUGUUUCUCAAAGAGAAGCCUGUGUCCUAUUCACAUCUCUCUUGACUGUGACACACACAGCCUGCGGGUUGUUAGAAACCUGUCAGCUUCAGAAUUCCGAUAUUUAAUUUUGACAGAUUGAUCUACUGGGCCCACGUCACAUGCAGGGCAGAAUGGAAGCAUCAUGUGCUAAUUUCCCUCAUCCACCAUAGAGUACAAUUUGCAAAUGUAAAAAAACUGAUGUAUGUCAGAUGGGGUGUUUUAGUGUUUUCCAAAAGAUGUUUCAGAUGUUUCAUUAUGAGUUUUUGCCUAAAUUAGUCGUAAUAUUUUGUCCCUGUACUUUUUGUACACAUAUUUCAAGUUCUCAGUUAGGCUAAUGAUCACAUUGCCCCGGAGGGGUUAUUGCUGGACUAAUGUUUCCCACAUUAGCUUGUUACAUGGAGUUCCCAGUAUAUUCUGGGUACAAAGACUAUUGCUAGCCCUGCACCAUGGGCAGAAGCAUCCAAGGGCUUGACAGCAUGCUACAACAAUCACAUGGCAGACACAGCAUGAAAAAGUGUGUAGAUGGACUGCUACAUCCCUGGGGUGUCUAACGGUAACCUGGUACAAAUGACGCAGAGUCCCGCAUGCCACCAGUGCUUCUCUAUGGAUAAAGGAUAUCUAGCCUAAACUUUUCAGUUCUGUGGUCAAUUCUCAGUAAUUUACAUUUGAGUAAAUAGCCCUUUUUAUCUUAUAAUAAAUAGUUUUUAUAUAAAUGUACUUUGUACUAAAUAUGUAAUGUUCUAUAUUCCAGAGCUCGCCUAGAAGCAUUUUCAGAUCCUACUUUCAAGUUGCAGCCGCCCCUUCAAGAGAUCAUUGACUGGCUAGGCCAAAAAGAUGAGGAGUUGUCAGCCCAGCUUCCUUUGCGAGGUGACCUCUCUAUGGUCCAGCAAGCCAAAGAUAACAAUUUGGUGGGUAUUUACCAUGGAAUCCAGAAAGCCAUACCAAGAGGUUAUCACUUGGUGCAUGACAUUUAAAUACAUAUACUUUAAGUAAGCUAUAGACGUUCUAUCGAAAAUUAACACAGUGCACCAAAAUGGUGUGAUCUAUGAAGGCUUAUUAAACUAUUUUGGAAGAAGUUCCUCGAUUUCUUGAGAGAAGAGUCAGAAGUUAUAGAGUUUUAAAAGGAGAGCAGUUAUAAAGACACCAGACCCACCAACAUAUCUGCAGGAAUACCUUUAUCAAGGGAGGAUGAAGACAUUCCUGUGUUUGCGUUUUACUGCUCUCCUUUUGAACUCUACAAUUCCUGACUGCUGGGUAUGUGUACCAAUUGUAUAUUUUCUUGUUAUCCACUAUAAGAUCGACCCAUGUGUAUUGAUGUAUCCCUGAUCUUUCCCCGUUGAGCCUAAUACUGUGAUUGUAGUUUGUUAGUGAUGGAUUGUUUGUGUUUGUACUUAUUGUAUGUUUGAUAUAGUAUUUUCAACGAUUGGGUAUUAUAAAGUAUAUAUGUGUUAUGCAUAUUGUUGUGCGUCUGUAUGUUUGAUUAACUAGCUUUUUUGCCCUGUGCAGUAACAGGAUCCCAUACCGUUGAGUACCAUUAUCUGUACUGCAGUGUAUUUUGCAUUAAAUGUGCUUUGUUCGAGUGACCUCCAUAACUGGUUGUCCCAUAAUUCUGCUAAAUCCUGUUUUCUGCACUUAUACAGUUGCGUGAUUAAAAUAGGACAUGAAUGUAAGAGCUGGAGAUGAAUCAGAGAGAGAACAUGUGAAGGGCAAACACGGUACAAAUGAAGGUUACAGACAUACAGAAAGCAAACUUGUGACUUAGAGAAGAAGUGUAGUUUGAGGUAGAGUUGUUUAGAGCUUUGUCGGUUAGUGUCGGUAUUUUAAAAAUGAUCCUAGAGGGAAGGGAAGCCAAUGUAAGCAUUGUGACCAAAUAACUUCUCUCUGUUCAGGGACGUGAGUUUUCCUUUAGACAAGCUAUCACACAUACACUAUGUGUAAAAGCUUUUCUUUAUCUAUAAUAAUUUAUUGCAAAUGCUUCAAAGUUUUGGCAGCGUUAUUUCUAAUGCACUAACUUAGUAUUGCAUUUUAUUUAUUUCUUUUAAAAAUUCUUUAUUUGUACCUCACUUCACUUAUAAGUACAAAAUCAAGUAUAACACUGUCAGAAGAUAGAUACAAUAUGCACAUCAUAGCCAGUAAUAUCACAUCAUAAAUAUAAGUAGUGAAGAGAGGUUUUUUUUGACAAGUUGUAGCACAUACAUGUAAAACACAACUGAUGUAUUCCAUGUGGCUCAUUACAACCCCCUGGAGAGUUUACUCCCGCCCAUACUACAACAGAUGAUAUUCUAGUACCAACAUGAGAAAUGUGGGUGGGGGGGAUAUUACCCUCUAUAGUAUGCUUAUAUGGGUGCUCUCUAGUCGUCUAGUAUGAAUUAAGUGAAAAGUGUACAGAGGGAUCAACGCUUAAAAACCUAAAUAAAGGCAGCACACCAAAAGGAUAGGGCUCCCUCAGAGGCCCUAUAGGUAUAUAGGUAUAAGGAAGUAGAAAAAGGUGACGUCACAGAGAUAAUUUGUACAAUUAAUAUAAGCAAGUAGUAAUAUAGAAAUAAACAAUGAUAUAUAAUACAGAGAGAGAACAAUACAAAAAUAAUAGGUAUAUAUAUAUAUAUAUGUUUAUACCUUUUUAUUUCUUUAUAUAUAUAUAUAUAUAUAUAUAUAUAUAUAUAUAGAACAGUCACAGUUCUAUCUGAGGUAGAGACGUCUAUGGAGUAGUGGGAUCAAGGGGUUUGUGGGAUCUGUAUGAAAGAGAAAAGAAAAUCUAAUAGUGCAAUAAAAAGGUCUAUAUGGUCCUACUCACGUUUUUGAGAGCUAAAAACUAGCUCUACUAUAAACAGCGUACAGUGGUAUAAUCCCCACUUAUGGGAUAUGUGAGGGAGUAUUGUAAGUAGAUAUCUCGUCAGAUGGGGACCAUAUGUAACAUAAAAAACACUAGUGCUCACUGUGAUAAAACCAGGAGAGUGUAUAAAAAUAACAAAUGGUUACUCACAUUUAAUUGGACAGACGCACUGCUCAAUGAUAGGUCCUAAGUGGUAUAAUCCCCACCAAGGAUGCUUUGGUAUCUCUCUGGAACAAGCAAAACUCAGAUGCCAGGUAGUAAAAUAAUAAAUGGUAAAAAAGAUAAAAUGGCUAACUCACAACAAAGAAAGUGGCCAAAAUUCCUUUAUUAAAAUACAGUUAGUUAAAAUUUCUACAACGCUUUUCUCCCCUUAGGGCUUUCUCAAGUGGGUAGUAGUAUGAAUUGCCUUAUGGAACCCAAGUAGGUCCAGAUCUGGAGAUCAUCCCUGUGGAAAAGAACUGUAGUUCAGAGGGUGAAAAAGUACAUCUUCAAUUGAGCUAGCAAUCAAUAAUAAAAGUGGUAGAAAAAAAAUAAUAAAAUAAAUAAAUAAAACUUAAACGGAAACGUUACAGAAAAGGAUAACAACAAUCCUAACAGAAUGUAGGUUGUAUUUAACUUUCCAGACUAUAUGGUGCUCACUGCUGCCUGGGGACAGAAUACUGAGUGCCAGUCAAGUUGAGUGACCAAAGCCUUGGAUGAGUGUCCCGAGGGGAGUUAAGUGGUAAAUACAGGGAUCUUCCUUAGAUCCAAGCCGGUCAGGCGAGUAUGUGUCGCUCUGGUGACAUUACUAAGGCCCAUUACGCUCAUGCUGUCUUUUAGGUCUUCGAGACUCCGCACUGUGUGAUUUUUUUUCCCUUGGUAGGAGAACAGAAGUAACCAGGGAAUGCCCCAGCGGUAGGGAACUUCCUUGUUUUGGAGGACUUGCAGCAUUGGCCUCAUUGAUCUUCUCUAGGCCAGUGUGAGGUCGGAGAAAAUAAGAAUCGAUGAGCACUCAAACUUCGAGGACAAAGGAAUGAAAAUAGUGUUUACUGCUUUUCCUCUAACCUUCCUGAGGAAUAGGACCCUGUCCUGAGUGGUCUGAAAGUGGACAAUUAAAUCAGCUGUUACUGUGGCAGGAGUAGUUAAUGACUUAGUUAGCUGGAACAUGCCAUCUAUUUUCAUUCCUUUGGCCUGUUUAGGUGACAUUAGAGUUUCACACAGCCUUCUGAUGUAGUGUGGCAGCUCCUCUGUGGCAAUUGCAUCAGGGAUGCCCUUAAGUUUCAAGUUGUAGUGUCUUCUUUGGUCUUCCAGUGUUUCCAUUCGGGUCUCCGUGGGUUGCUGGGUCCGCUGGAUUUCUUCCAGCUUUUGCUCCACAGCUGCCAUCUUUGUGUCUUGAGCGCCAGCUGUUGAGUAGGCAUUUCCCAUGGCUGUUUUACAUUGGGAGAUUUCGGCUGCAAUGUUGGAGCGCAGCUCCCCCAGCAUAGAUUUAAGCAGGGUUGCUGUGACUGGCUAUCUUCAGCAACAGAGGCAGGUUUCAUCUCAGUCUGUUUACUGCUUGACGUGCCUGUUUCCGGGACUGCAGCGAAGUCCUCAGGUGAGUAUUCAUCAUCUUGUGGUGCAAUGUUGGACCAUGCGGCCUGUUUUGAGCAUUGAAGGAGGUCGCCAAUAUCUCGGCUCGUGGGCUCCUUAUCCGACCUGGACUUUUUAGUCUUGCGAUCCAUGACUUUGAGUGCCAGUCUAGGAUCGUGUUUCCACCCUAUCUGGGGUAAGUAUUUCAGCUGGGUUUCUGCUGUUUCCACUAAAGUAUAGUGGAGCUCACACAGCAUGCGAACACUUGGGUUCGAUGCUAGCUCCGUCCCCCGCAUUUUAUUUUUGAUUGAUAUUGACUUUCAACUGUUUUUUAUACUACUCUGUCCCUUAUCAUACUUUCUAUCUCUCUUUUAAAAAAAAAAUUAAAAAAAUUAUUUUGCACUUUUUAAACUCUUUCUGAACUCGAUACAGGUGUUUAUGGAGGAGAUAAAAUCACGUGGCCCCUAUAUAUAUUCUGUCUUGGAGUCAGCUCAAUCCUUCCUCACACAGCAUCCCUUCCAAGAUGACACUGAGGACACGUCAACACAGGGAAAAGGUAAGAUCUCCCCCUUUCAGUAACUCUUGAAUUUUGUACGUUGGCACUGAUGCUGCUUAAAUUUAUCGUGGAUGAAUUAUAUGUCUAAAUCUCUAUCAUUCAUCUGAAAUGAUGAGUCAAAUGCCAGGAGCCAGGUACCCAUAAAUACUACUGUUACAUAAUGAUGGGAUUAAUCUAAAUUAAAAUUUCACUCCAAGCACCAUCACAACUCUGAAUGAGUUCCAAAUUGAUGAUUCAGAUAGUACCCUGCAAACACUAUAACUGAUAUAAUUUCUGCAGCUAAAAAUCUAGCUGUCAAUCUGGAUAGAAUGGCUGCCUGCAACCUAUUUUGUCUACGUUAUGUAUGUGGUGUUUUCAUGCAGCACUUACAUCUUGGAUUGUGUUCUUUUUCCUACCCCAUAAGAGAGCCAUGACUACAGACUACUGCUUUGCAAAAACAGCUUAACAGUUAAUAGGGCCGCUAUUUGACGAGUGGAAUUACUUAUUCCGUACUCAUAUGCUGGACAGGAGGUUAUGGGAUACUAAUAAACCCUAAUAGUUGCAGGUACAUCACCUAAAGAGUACAUUUACCAGGAACUUUAAAGGUAAGUAUUUUAAAAAAAUAUUAUUUAUUUAUUGUACUGUUUUUAAUGCAUUAUCUGUAGAAUAAAUUAAAAUUAGAGGGUGUACAACCAAGUUACCAGUGACAUAUUUUCCUAUGGGCAUUUUAGUAAAGAGAUAAUGACAAUCAUUCCUUCUUCUUGUUUUUUCUUUUGUCAUUUUGGUGCAUCUUUUCAUCUUUGUGUAUCACUUUAAUAUUUGUGUAAUAUUUUUCUAGCCAUAUUUAGCAUUUAUGCUCCCUUAAACCACAGGCAGUGAUGCACUCUGCCAUUGACUGUCACGUUAUCUUACUACUUGUCAGCCUUUCCUAGAUCUCCUAAUUCUGUACCCAUGUAGUAUACAUCGUGAAUCUCUUACUCCUGUCCAAUGCCUUCUUUCCCAGUCUUUUCCCAUUUUUCAUGGAUAGUCUGUCUUUCUUUCUCUUUGAAUUUUUUUUUUUUUAGAUACGUCUCCCAGAAGCCGCUCACAGAGCCUCAGUCGAUUGAUCUGGAAGCAGGCUAGUGUUGCCAGUGAGUUGUGGGACAGACUGACUGCUCGCAGUCUGGAUCAGCACCGCCACCUCGAAAGGACUCUAGAACAACUUCGAGAGCUUGGUGUUUCCAUGAAAGAAGCAGGUGAAGCUCUGGAACAGGCUGAGAGUGUCCAAUCCACCUGGGAACCUAUAGGAGAUCUGUUCAUAGACUCUCUUCCAGAACAUAUACAGGCAACAAAGGUGAAAAUAAAAGAAUGUUAGGAAAACGCCGGAGCAUGUCUAAACACACCACUUACCUAUGCAUUAUUAUUUAGCUUUUUAAGGAGGAAAUGUCCCCUAUAAAGGAUACUGUGAAAUUGGCGAAUGACAUUGCACAUCAGCUUGCUGUGUGUGAUGUUCACCUCUCCAUGGAGAACGCAAGAGAGCUUGAGCAGAUCAACAACCGGUGGAAACAGCUUCAGGUAUUUAACUAUAUCAAUAUGAAUUAAAACAUAUAUGAAAGCAGAACAUAUCAGUAACCAAAACCCUUACACAUAACGACAAACUGGUGAAUCCCAAAGUGUAAGUGGAGUGCUUAACCCCUUAAGGACACAUGACGUGUGACAUGUCAUGAUUGCCUUUUAUUCCAGAAGUUUGGUCCUUAAAGGACCACUAUAGUGCCAGGAAAACAUACUCGUUUACCUGGCACUAUAGUGCCCUGAGGGUGCUCCCACCCUCAGGGUCCCCUUCCCGCCCGUCUCUGGAAGGGGGAAAGGGGUUAAAUCUUACCUUUUUCCAGCGGUGGGCGGAGAGCUCUCCCCCUCCGAUCCUCCUCUUCUCCUCCCCGUCGGCUGAAUGCGCACGCGCGGCAAGAGCUGCGCGGGCAUUCAGCCGGUCACAUAGGAAAGCAUUCAUAAUGCUUUCCUAUGGACGCUGGCGUGCUCUCACUGUGAAAAUCACAGUGAGAAGCACGCAAGCGCCUCUAGUGACUGUUAAUGAGACAGCCACUAGAGGAUUAGGGGGAAGGCUUAACUCAUUCACAAACAUAGCAGUUUCUCUGAAACUGCUAUGUUUAUGAAAAAAUGGGUUAACCCUAGAGGGACCUAGCACCCAGACCACUUCAUUAAGCUGAAGUGGUCUGGGUGCCUAGAGUGGUCCUUUAAGGGGUUAAAUGCAUGCUUGCCCUUAAACAGCACAAGUUCAAUUAUAACAUAAAUAGUAAAGGAAAAAAUGGAACAUGUAUGUUGUAAUAACAUCAACAUAUAUGUGGGAAACACAUUUAAUGUGAGAAAUACAUAAAUAGUAAUGUACUCCAUCUCCCAAAAAGAGAUCCUCGAUUGAUACCAUCAAGAAAACAAAAUGUUUAGUUAGGACACCCUUUUUCUGAAGACUAUCUAAGAAACUGACCUUCCUCUUCUCUUACUCCUACAUAAUAUUUUUUUUCAAGGAGGGUGAUUGCAGGGACCCCUUCUGAUUUAUUUCUUUAUUUUAUUAAGGCACAUUUGUGAAUAUUAUGAUCAUGUGGAUUUUUAUAUUCCUUAGUUAUUGUUUUUUAAUGUUUGCCUCAGUGCUGCAGUAGAGAGACGUGUUUUUUUACAACAAGGGUUUUUACUAAUUGUUUGAUCAUUACAGCAUAAGGUUUGGUUUAGGACCUAAUAAAUAGAAUUUGUAAUGGGUGUGCAGAAAUGUUAGGCAGAUUAGCACAGACUUACAGGAUAAGAGGCACAUAGUAGUUUGUAUAAUUUAUUUGCAAGAUAGAUCUCAGGGUAGUGAAUUUUGUUUGUCCUUAAUGAUAUUUCUGAAUUAACAAAUUGAACAAAUGCAUCAUAUAAUUGAUGCACGUAGUUACCAUGAAACUCAUACUCCUUGCAUAGAAGGCCUCUGUCCUACUAGUGUACAACCCAAUUACCAGUGACAUAUUUCUCUUUCCAAGACCUCUGUAGGAGAACGCCUUCGCCAGUUGCAAGAUGCCCACCGUGACUUUGGGCCUGAGUCACAGCACUUCUUGUCCUGUAAGUUAUUUGUGAGUGAUUGAUAUAAAAUAUCUUGGUAAAAGGCUUCAUGAGGUUAAUUAUUUGUAUUAUAGGUGUUAAUCUUUUUUCAUUUGAAGAAUCAGAAUGAUUUUAGCCUGAUGCAUGCAUGUAUGCAUGGUUACAAUUUAGCAGCUCACAUGCAAGGAGUAUUCUUUUAAGUGUUUAAGGUAAAUCAUUCUAAAAUUGAUAUGGCUGAUAUGGCUAUUAGGCUAUAGUUAGUAGUACAUAAAAUUGGUGGAGAAUGUGGGAACUUUUAACAGUUGCAUCAUAAAUAAUGGCUGUAUUGUCUUCAUUACAGCAUCAGUUCAAGUUCCGUGGGAGAGAGCCAUAUCCCCCAACAAGGUGCCAUAUUAUAUAAAGUAAGUGACAGUCAAGAAUGUUAGUCUUUGUGCGUCUUUCCAUAACUUUCUUCUGUUGGCUCUUUACGGUCUUUUCUGGAUUUUACUUCUAUUUCUCUCAGACCUCAGUCUUUACGUUUUUCAUAUCUUUUAGUCACCAGGCUCAAACCACCUGCUGGGAUCAUCCCAAGAUGACAGAGCUCUACCAAGCUCUGGGUGAGAAAUUCCUGCCCUCUACAAGUAUUUCCUAAAUCUGUCUUCUCAACUUUGCAUCAUAUCUGUUUUCUAAACUCUGCAUCUUGACCUGUACACAGACACCACUAAAUAAUUUACAUGUAUUACAUAAUCACGUGUGCACAUAUGAAUAACUAACAUGUUCAUGUGUUUAUGGAAGUAUAUCCACAAGUAUUGUGUGGCCAUGAACUAAGCUCCUUUUUUUUGUUCUAUUUCCAGGGGAUUUAAACAACAUCAAGUUUUCUGCCUAUCGGACUGCAAUGAAACUGCGAAGAGUGCAAAAAGCUCUAAGAUGUGAGCUCUGAAAAUAAGGGGGGAAAUAAAGGGUGGGGAUUUUAGACAGGUGAAUUAGCAUUACUAGAUGGACAAUGUCAAUACUCAACUGGCAUGACUGGUUUAUAAUGGAGUAGUUUGUGACAUUUUAAGAUGGAGUAUAUUAUAUUAUGUAAGAACAUGGUAACAAAAUGAUGAGUGGACAUUUUGUAUCCCCAUUUAGAGUGGCUCAGGGUUCUUGAUUAGAUUUUAUUUUACUUUAAAUAAUUCAUGAUUUCUAUAAGAAGACAAUAAGGUUGAAUUAUCAGAACGUCCAGAAGCUUUGGUUCAGUAUUUAGGAUGCUUACAGAAAUUUGCAUUAUGAUCGCUAACUAAUUGCUCCAAAUUUCUUUCUCUCGCUGUUUAUUUUACUUUCCUCUACCAUUCUGGUUCCCCUCACAUUUCUUUUUGAAUUAUCUCGACUAUCUGUCUUUAUAUAUAUAUAUAUAUAUAUAUAUAUGUAAAUAAGAUGGUGCAAAAUAAACACAAGAACUGUGGAUACAAAUUGUAGCAACCAACAAAAAAAAUCCUGGUUAUAAAAUUAAAAAAGGUAUUAAUAGUAGUGAGUUGGUGUGCAGUACAUUAAAUCACUAUUAGGCAGCAUAUAAAAAAUCCUGUAUAUAAAUCUUAAAAAUCAAUAAAAGUUUCCAUAGUGCUCAUUAUUUAGUGAAUAUGUGUCCAAGUAGUAGUGUUAAAUGAGUGUAUUUUAACUCAAUAGGCAGUGGUAUAGUGACAUCCUCAAACACUAACACACAACGUUAUACUUGCACAAUAUCCGCAAUUAAAGAAUCUAGGAGAUAAACACAAAAAGAAACAAAUCUAGUGCAAUAUUGUCCUAAAUAACAUAAACAAUAGCAGAAAGGCUAAUGUAAAAGCACUCGCAAACACAGAGUUGUUAAAGUACCACUCUUCACUAUCGGACUCAGGGAGGAUCAGCCCCUGGUGUGCGUAGGAUCCUAUCGAUACACUUCCAGCUGUCAGGUAAAGUUUACAAGUAUUUAUUAAAACAAACAGAUUAAAAAACUUUUUCCAAGAUCCGCAUCAGUAUCCCAUAACAGCUCACCAGCCUCUUCUACAAUUGAGAGUGUGUCUGGGAUGAGCAACCAUAGACCCCACAAGUCCCACACUUCUCUCAGGCUUGGUUGCACGUUCACUGUCUACUUCCUGGUUGCAGCUCGUGAAGCGUUUUCCCCUCCUCCUGGGGCUUUCUCAAACGUAAGUGUAUCCUCCUUCUAUAGUCCGUAUGAAAUACCCUUGCUCAUUAACCAAUUAAACUUCAAUCAUGCAUUUCUAAAUUAGAAAUGCAGUCCAGCAAUCACAUAAAACUUAAAGAAAGUACAUAUUCUUGACAUGUCUGUGCAAUUCCCCUGUUGUAUUUAUCGCUGAUUCAAAUGUAAUGUCAUCAUCAUACUUGAAAAUUUUGAAUAAAAACAAAAUAAACAAAAAAAAACAAAGAAAGGAAGAAAAGGGUUAAAUACAGAAUCCUAUAGUUCUUAUGUUCAUUGCUUAAUAUAAAAAUCGUGUCAGAUAAAAGAAUAAAUCACUCACUCCCAGUAAGUUAAAUAUAUCCAUAUUCAGAAUUACUAAUGUAAACCAUAAAUAGCACAUCAAAAAGACUCAUAAGAAGUAUAUUUAGUAUCAAAAAAGGAUAAGUCUCCUAAAUGUAGUUUAAAAAAACAAAAACAAUGUCAUUUGCUCAAUCGAUAUAAAUACAUUAUAUCCAUACAAAACUCCUUCAUAAAAUAAACAUAUACAUAUGUAUUAUAAAAAGGUGGAUUAACCACACAAAAUAAAAAAUAGUUAAAAAAAACGUAAAAAAUCUAAAAACACAGGAAUUAUAAAAAAUUAUAUAACUCAAAAUCUAUGUUAAGACCAGAUGGAAUCAAAGUCUCUAAAUAAAAGAUCCAUUUCAUCGCUUCCUGUCCGAUCUUCCUUUAAAACCCCAUUUUAUACCUAUAAAUUCCAGACCACUCGGAUCUUGAUUGUGCAUCUUUUUAAAAUGGUCUGAAACACUGUGGUUUGACACCCCCUUUUAAAUAUUAUAAAUAUGUUCCCGUAUCCCACUUCAGUCCGGUUUACGCGCUAGGUACUCUUUUCCGUGACCUUUCUGCAGCUUUUGACACUGUUGAUCAUCAACAGCUUCUUCUCAUCCUCCGCAAUAUCGUUCUACAAGAUAUUCCUCUCUCCUGGUGCUCCUCCUACCCCUCCCAGCACUCUUUCAGUGUUUCUUUCUCUGGCUCUGCUUCUUCUCCCCAACUCCUCUUUGUUGGCGUCCCCCAAGGUUCAGUCCUUGGUCCCCUACUGUUCUAUAUCUAUAAUGCCUCCCUUGGUAAACUCAUUAGCUCCUUUGGCUUCAAAUAUAAUUACUUUCGGACGACACGCAAAUCUAUCUGUCCUCACCUGAUCUCUCCCCAUCCCUCUUGACUAGUGUCUCUGACUGCCUCUCUGCUAUUUCUAACUGGAUGACUGCUCACUUCCUUAAACUCAACUUGACCAAAACUGAAUUUCUGGUCUUUCCUCCCUCAAGUGUUGCUACUCCUGUGUCUGUCUCCCUCCAAGUCAAUGGUGCUACCAUCAUCUCCACCACGGUGGCUCGCUGCCUAGGGGUUCUCUUUGACUCCGACCUCUCCUUCAUGCCUCAUGUUCAGUCUAUCGCCAAAUCCUGCCGCUUCCAUCUCAAAAACAUUGCGCGUAUCCGACCCUACUUAACGCCAGAUGCAACCAAGGUGCUGGUACAUUUCACUGUCCUUUCUCGCUUUGACUACUGUAAUAAGCUUCUCAGUGGUCUUACAUGCUCCCAACUUGCGUCGUUACAGUCCAUAAUGAAUGCGGUGGUGAUGCUCACCUCCCACGCCUCAUCCUCCUGUCAGUCCCUACACUGGCUUCCUGUAAGAUAUAGGGCUCAAUUUAAAAUUCUGGUUCUUGCUUUCAAAUCUCGACAUAAUGCUGCUCCCACCUAUCUAUCCUCCCUAAUACACAAGUAUGUCCCGUCUAGGCCCUUAUGCUCUGCUGACGACUUACGUCUACCUUCUGUCCGUACUCCCACCUCUGAUGCUCGCCUUCAAGACUUCUCGAGGGCUGCACCUUUCCUGUGAAACUUACUUCCCUCCUCCGUUAGAUGCUCACCCAGUCUCCACUUCUUCAAAAAUCAUUAAAAACCCACUUCUUCAUAAAAGCGUAUCAAUUAAACUGUUAAUAGCUCCCGACUGAUUCCUCUCUUGCAACUGUCAUCAGUCUAAUACUAAUACUAAUAGUGAUUUAAUGUACUUCGCACCAACUCACUACUAUUGAUAUCCCCACCAUCUACCUUUAUCUUUUUUAUUUUUAAAUUCUUAUAUUUUAUUAUUUUUUAUUUUACUGCUCUCCCAUGUUCUUAUAUCUGCGUGUUCAUAAACUAGCCACUCAAACUCUGUUUUCUCGUAAUCUUUACUCUUUUUUCAUUCUCUUUCUCCUUUUCUAUGUCUCCUUUUUUAGUGGACUUAGUCACACUCCCCCUCCUCUCCCAGAUGUUUAGCUGUGAUAUCCUGCAGUCUCCAGAUCGCUGUCUUGAUGUGCUUGAUGUAAUCCGCUGCCUCAGUUCAUUGUAUGAAAGACUAGAAGAAGACCGUGGCCUUCUGGUCAAUGUCCCCCUGUGUGUGGACCUAACUCUGAAUUGGCUUCUAAAUGUUUUUGAUGGGUAUGAAUACAUAAUUCACAAUUACUUCUCUCUUAUGGUAUAAAAUGGCUGGAGAAAUGGAAUGGAAAAUAUUUAUAUAUGGAUCAGAGUUCCAUUUUUAUUUUGAAUUUAGUCAUCUGAUUAAUUGGUUCUGAGGUCAAUAUCCCUGGUAAAGCAGAUAGUUUGAUGUGUGAUGACGCAUACAUUUUAAAUUUGCACAUAUCAUUCCGAAGCUAUUAUGUAUAUAUCAAACAUAAUUGUUCAAAUUGCUGUCUUCUAUCAUUCACUUUCCUCCACUCUUUUUUAGUGCCCGCAGUGGUCGUAUUAGAGUUCUGUCUUUUAAGGCAGGAAUUGUGUGUCUGUGUGACUCCGACGUGAAGGGGAAGCUGCAGUGUGAGUAUAAUGGUGACAAUGAGGGGUGUUGUUUCUUAUUUGUGAGUAGAUGUUAUGGAAGAAUAAUGAAUAAUGAAAUUAAUGAAUUGAAGUUCUAGAAUUCUCAGAGUGUGCAGUCUAUCAGCAAUGCAGCAAGCUUCACACAGGCUUGUGUAAUCAAUUUAAUUUGAAAGAAAGGAAAUCUGAGGUGAAACUAUGUUAGAAUGAGUGACUGUACAUUUUUGGGAAGAAUGAUUAUACAAUGUGAAACUCAGGAAGGAAAAGAGCAAGAGUAGGGAAUGAUGGCCAAGAUGGAGUUGUAUAUAUCUAUUUUGGAAAUAAUUAUGAUGAAUAGUGAGAUGCUAGUGAAGUGGGAUAAGUGUGUGAGAGAAAUUCUACACAUUGUUUGUGGAUAGCAGUAAAUAAUUUUAUUUAUUUACUCAGACAAGUAGCUAUCAUACAAUACACUGAUCAGCCACCACAUUAAAACCACCUUCCUAAUAUCAUGUAGAUGCCCCUCGUGCUGCCAAAAUAGCUCUGAUGCAUCUAGGCAUGGACUCCACAAGACAUCUGAAUGCACCAAGACAUUAGCAGCAGAUCCGGCAAGUUGCAGUGUGGGGCCUCCAUGGAUUGCAUUUAUUGAUUCCGUACAUCCCACAGAUGCUCAAUCAGAUUGAGAUCUGAAGAAUUUGGAGGCCAAUGCAACACCUUGAACUCUUUCUCAUGUUCUUCAAACCAUUCCUGAAAAUUCUGUGCAGCGUGUCAGGGUGCAUUAUCCUGCUGAAAGAGGCCACUGCCAUCAGAUAACAUUGCCAUGGAGGGGUGUAUGUAGUCUGCGACAAUCUCUGGGUAGAUGGUACAUGUCAAAGUAACAUCAACUAGAAUGCCAGGACCCAAGUUUUCCCAGCAGAACAUUGCCCACAGCAUAACACUGCCUGUGCCAGCUGACCUUUUUCCAUAAUGCAUCCUGCUGCCAUUUCUUCCCCAGGUGAACCAUGCACAUAUACACGGCCAUCCACCUGAUCUAAAAGAAAACUUGAUUCUUCAGACCAGGCAACCUUCUUCAAUUGCUCCAUGGUCCAGUUCUGACACUCACGUCCCUAUUGAAGACACACUGACAGUCUGAGACUAAAAAGACCAAUACACAGCAAUUUGGGAUGCACUGAGUGUUUUGAUACCUUUCUAUCAUGACCAGGAUUAAGUUUUUCAGUAAUUUGAGCUACAGUAGCUAUUCUGUGUGAUCGGACCUGACAGGCCAAUAUUCGCUCACUACGUGCAUCAAUGAGCCUUGUGGGCCCAUAACCCUGAUGUGAGUUCACCGGUUGUCCUUCCUUGCACCACUUUUGGUAGGUACUAACCACUACAUACUGGGAACAACCCAUAAGACUUGCUGUUUUGGGGAUGCUCUGACCCACUCGUUAUCACUAUAUGGCCCUUGUUAGUGUCAAUCAGAUCUAUUAACUGCCCAUUUUUCCUGCUUCCAACAUGUGAAAUUCAAGAACUGACUGUUCACUUCCUGCAGGUGCCAUUGUAACAAUAUAAUCAAUGUUAUUCACUUCACCUGCUAGUACUUUUUCAUGUUGUGGCUGAUCAGUGUAUAAGCCUCCAUUCUCCCCAUGUCACAUUAUAAAACUGAUAAGUAUAUACUUGGCCUGGCUUGCCACACUUCAUGAAAAUUAAUUUGUGUGUACCAAACAUUGGAAUGAACUUACCGUAUUUUCCGGCGUAUAAGACGACUGGGCGUAUAAGACGACCCCCAACUUUUCCAGUUAAAAUAUAGAGUUUGGGAUAUACUCGCUGUAUAAGACUACCCCUCUUCCAGUGCACACCAAAUAAAAAUUAGCCAUGAUGUACAGUGAGCAGACAGAGCUACACAGCAAGACAUUAAAUAAUGAUAAUCUGAAAUAGCAUUUAAAGCCCAGGUAUGUGCCAGGCUGUUUGGGCAUAUAAUCCAUGCCUGCUGGUCUAGCACACAGGAGGCUAAUUGUAUAUAUUCUUUUUACUCCCCCUCCAUUCUUUUUACUCCCCCCCAAUCCUCCCUACAUUCUUCUCACCUCCCCUUCCCUGUGCAGAGUGGGUGGCCGAGCUCCUCUUCGUCCUGUCAGUCACCGGCGGUACAGGAGAUUCAGUUACCUGUUCCCGGCCGGACUGAAAGGAAGUGAGCACUCAGUGUGCACUUCCUUUCAGUCCGGCCGGGAACAGGUAACUGAAUCUCCUGUACCGCGCGGUACCCGGCCGGACUGACAGGACGAAGUGGAGCUCGGCCACCCACUCUGCACAGGGAAGGGGAGGUGAGAAGAGAGGCAGUGCCGCAGCCGUCUGAGCGCUCUCUCUAGAGCGCUCAGGCGGCUGCAGCAUUAGAAGGGCCGGCGAUGGGGGCCCUAUACCCGGCAUAUAAGACGACCCCCGACUUUGGAGAAGAUUUUCCAGGGUUGAAAAGUCAUCUUAUACGCCAGAAAAUACAGUAUUUAAGAAUAGGCUUUUUGAACAAUUAAUAUUUCUUGUAUUAUUAUAUUGAUGUACAAGUUAUAAUUAUAGGAAUGUCAUUCUGCCAAACUACAAGUUAUUUAAACAUUGUUUUAUGAUCACUAUUUUGUUAUUUCUUUAGUAAAUAUGUAUUUUUGUUUUCCUCUUUUUUGUAUUUUUUAUGCAUGAUGUGAGCACUGUAUUAUAUAUUUUCACUUGAUAAAAUUCAAUAAAAUGUGUACAUAGGGGAGGGGGGUGGGGGAAAUAAUGUUAUUUAAAGAUAUGUUUGUAAUUGUUACAGUGUGAUAUCUUGAUUCCCCCCAGAUCUGUUCUCGCAGGUGGCUGGCCCUUCUGGAAACUGUGAUCAGCGGCAACUUGGCCUCCUCCUACAUGAAGCCAUCCAGAUCCCUCGCCAGCUAGGGGAGGUCGCAGCUUUUGGAGGCAGCAAUGUGGAGCCAAGUGUCAGGAGCUGCUUCAGAUUUGUAAGUUCACUGGACAAUUAAGGGGCUGGUUCAGAACCUCUUUCCCUGGAGUCUUGACCUCUUGCUUUUCCAUCAGUGGUCCAAAGUGUGUUUGAUUGGCUAAUAUUUAAAUCAGUAUGUCACUGUUUUAUUGUUUAUGGAAAUUUUCUACGUGACCCUUGUAUGUCUCUUGUUUUGGCAGACUAAUGGAAAUUUGCAUUUGGAGCUAUCUCAGUUCCUGGAGUGGGGAAGCCUGGAGCCACAGUCAUUGGUUUGGCUCCCAGUACUGCACCGCGUGACAUUAGCUGAGUCUGUCAAACAUCAGACAAAGUGUUCAGUCUGUAAGCAAUGUCCUAUGAAAGGCUUCAGGUACGUAUGUCAAUUCUCUGUACAGAUAUCUCUAUUUUUAUCCACAAACUGCAUCUGACAGUAGUUAAAAUGUACUUCCUAUUAAAGUCACCCCUAGUUUUUGCAGGUUACUGGAAGCCAAUCAUUCCCAUACUUAUGUUGCAGUAAAAUCUAAGAUAUCAGACAAAAGGUACAGAGAACAAUAUAAUUAGUUGGAUCAAGGGUAACAGAUAUCUAGGUCAGGAAGGGACUGUGUCAUGUCUUGUGGCAAUGACAAUCAGGAGAGUCAAUAGGCCAAGCUGGACCAGAAAAACACAAUAAAAAAUGAACAUACUAUAGGGACAAAAACCACAAUGGAUCACUUACUGGUUUUGGCAAGCUUUUAUAGUGGGAUGUUCAGUUCCUAUACAGUUGUCAUUCAGCUGUGCUGGAUAAUCAUAGUGUGCAUGCGCUGUGUUUGUGUGUGGGGUCUGGUAUUGCUAUUAACUGUUGCCUGAACUCCUAUGGAAAGCUGUCUCUACUAAGGAUUGCAAAUCUACUGUCUCUAAAAUAAAUGAGAAAACCCAUAAUAAAAUUAUGUACUUGUGCAUCCCUCAUUUUAAGUCUGAAGUAGCUUAACCAGCUUUAUUUGCAAAAGAAGAAAAAAUUGCUUUUGUUCCUUGGUAAGUAUUUUUUUUCCAGGGAAUGCUAUAUGUCUCCAAUAGUGAUGUCCCGAACAGUUCGCCGAACGGUUCGCCGCGGAUGGCGAACAUAUGCGGUAAACUUUGACCCUGUACCUCACAGUCAGCAGACACAUUCCAGCCAAUCAGCAGCAGACCCUCCCUCCCAGACCCUCCCACAUCCUGGACAGCUCACUAAGAAUGCAGCUUCACAAUGAAUGUAAAAUGGAUGCUGUCCAGGAGGUGGGAGGGUCUGGGAGGGAGGGUCUGCUGCUGAUUGGCUGGAAUGUGUCUGCUGACUGUGAGGUACAGGGUUUAAAGUUUACCGCAUAUGUUCGCCGUCCGUGGCGAACGGUUCGGGACAUUACUAGUCUCCAACUAUGAAUGUUGUGCUCUAGCUAGAUUGACAAUCCACAAUAUUUUUAUUACAGUAAUCAAAAUAACAAAUAACUAUUUUACUUUACUGCCCCAAUUACAUACAUACAGGUGGUACUCGAAAAAUUAGAAUAUCGUGCAAAAGUUCAUUUAUUUCAGUAAUGCAACGUAAAAGGGGAAACUAAUAUAUGAGUUGGACGCAUUAUAUGCAAAGCAAGAUAGUUCAAGCCGUGAUUUGUCAUAAGUGCGAUGAUUGGGGCUUACAGCUCAUGAAAACCCCAUGCUUGAAUAUUCUAUUUUUUCCAAAAGGGCAUCCAGAUCGUUUUAUAAAAAAAUAUAUAUAUACAAAUUCUACAGAUUCCUAUCACUCUAACUUACUCUCUCUUUAUUUUUAUUCUUCUUGAAUAUGAUCUUAUAGAUAUUGUCUGCUAAGCUCUCUUUAAUGCUUAUGUGAAUUUUAUUUCUCACUACAGGUACAGGAGUUUGAAACAAUUUGGAGUCGAUAUCUGUCAGUCUUGCUUUUUGACUGGUCAAGCUGGAAAAGGCAAUAAGCUCCACUAUCCAAUCAUGGAAUAUUACACGCCGGUGAGCAAACUGUGCAGUUCUACCUCAUUGUCUCUGUAUUCCCAGAGCUGGGAUAUGAACAAUAUGAACUGUGUCACUUAUCUAAUUUACUUUGGCAUCUGGUGCCAUUGUUCCUCUGUGUUUUCAGACAACCUCCGGGGAGAAGAUGAGAGAUUUUGCUACUACUCUUAAAAAUAAAUUCAGAACUCGUCAGUACUUCUGCCGGCACCCGCAGAGGGGCUACCUACCUGUACAAUCUGUGCUGGAAGCUGAAGUGUCGGACACGUGAGUCACUGUUCAUGUUUAAUUUUUUUUAAAGCUAACUUAGAUGCUCAUGAAAUAUUGAGGUAUUAUUCAUAAUAAUCAGCCUAAUCCUCAUCAUUUACUAUUUUUAUAUAUAUUUUGCAGACCAGUCUCUUCCCCAAUGCUUCCGCACGCUGAUACACAUUCACGCAUAGAGCACUUUGCAAGCAGGUCAGUAUGUAAGAACUGGCUCUCUCAUUGUUAAAAUUACUGUCUUCAUGCAAUAGAUGUAAUACUAUACACUCAAUCCUGGUGACAAGUAAGAGGCUUUAACAUUUUUAUAUAUAAUAAAUAUUUGCUAUACUUAUAAAUGUAUGGUUAUAAGGCAUUAAACCAUCAGAUUUUCACAGUACUGAGUCUAUAAAUCUUUGAGUUUGUUGCGUUUUCAGCUGAGAGGGAGCUGUGGCUGUAUACAGAAAUAUAUCAGUGGUUAGAGUAUUGUUUUCUUAUUCUUAAGAACUAAUAUAUUUUACUCUUAUUGUUUCUGGACAGAUAGCACGACUGAGAGUAUAGAGCAGGGAUCAGCAUCCUGUGGCACAUGUGCCAUGCAUGGCACUUGAGGUGCCUUUGCACGGCACUCAAGGCUACUGAAGACAAACAGGCUCUGGCCUAUCAAGAGUCCCAGUGGUCUUCAGAUAUCUGCUAGUGCAAACUGAGCGGUGACUGCAGGUGGUGAGGGACAAUCCUCAAUUUACACAUUGCAUCACUUCCUCCCAGCAUUUGAACUGGGAUCCACACUGGAGUAGUAAAUCCUGCAGCAGCUAUAGCAGCUCCUGCCCACAACUUUUUUCCUGGCCAGCCUGGUCCCCACUGAACCCCAGGGAAGGCACCCACACUGAUGGAUAUACACAGACCUGCAGAAAAAGCCUCCCCCCUCAUACAAAUAUUACAAACAGCCCACACACAUACCCACACAAAGUCCCCACAACACAACCCCACAUAACAGCCCACAUACGCACAAAUACAACAAUACAAAGCAACUGCGACACCCAUAAAUAGUACAAGCAGAAUUUGGCAACAUACACACCUCAAUUAAAGAGACUUCAGGAUCUGUUUUGGCACAGUACUACUAAAAGGUUGCCUACCAGUGGUAUAGAUGAAUGAAUAUGAUAUCAUGUAUUAUCAUGUUCCCAAUGGGUUAACCAUCUAGCUUUGGAAGGCUGCAUUCUAGGGUGCAACUGAAUGUUAAUUAAAAACAUAGAAUGCCCAGCUUUGAGCCGAGAUCAGAUACCAGGGAUAUAUAAAUACAAUAUACAGGGAAUAGAACCAGGAGGGAAACACAGGAAAAAAGACAAGGCUGCACAUAUGCCUUUUAACAACUAAUAAAAAGAUAAAAAAACAUAUUUUAUUGUCUAGCUAUGAAGGCCUGUCGGAACACAUUCUCUCCUAUAUUUGCUCGAACUACAACAUACCAAACGAGAUUUCAAAUUUACAAAGAGGGACAAUCUAAUUUCAGUGGUAUGAGCGGGAAAUUUUAAGUAACUUACUAAUAAGUAUACAAUUAAAAUGUAAUUUAAGAACAAGAAUAAUGUAUCUUAUUAACAAACUGAUUUCUAAAAAAUGUUUGUAGUUUAGAGACACAUUACUACGAGUAUUAUUGCUGUGGAGCUAGAUAUAUUAAAUAAAAUAUAUCUAAAAAGCAAAUGCAAAGAUGCAAGGUCUCCAGUAGUGUAAAACAUUUUUAAUAUUUAUAACAAUACAAGAAAUGUGCUCACAACACUUGUUGCAAGCCCUGAGCAAUUGAAUAAUGUCUCAUGAAACCUGUAGGAUUGGAGAGCAAACGUAAAGAAGGAAGGCAAAGGUAUACAGAACACAAUAUACAUAAUGCAUAAUACACGUAAUAUAGGACUAUUCACUAAAGUGGGAUUUCAAAUUUAAAGUCAACAAUGUCAGAUAUGUUUCCAGUUUGGCUACUUUGACUUAAUUUUAGAAAUUCACUUUGAAUUGGCACUUUAGCGAAUAAUCCUGAUAUUUUUCUGUAGCACAUAUUUCCUAUAAUAAGUACAGCUGGUGUGGAGACAGCAACAACUUUAUAGAAACAUAUAGAAACAUAGAAUGUGAUGGCAGUUAAGAACCACCCGGCCCAUCUAGUCUGCCCAAUUUUCUAAAUACUUUCAGUAGACCUUGGCCUUAUCUUAUAGCUAGGAUAGCCUUAUGCCUAUCCCACGCAUGAUUAAACUUCCUCACUGUGUUAACCUCUACCACUUCAGCUGGAAGGCUAUUCCAUGCAUUCCCUACCCUCUCAGUAAAGUAAUACUUCCUGAUAUAUUUUUUUUUAACCUUUGCUCCUCUAAUUUAAGACUAUGUUCUCUUGUUGUGGUAGUUUUUCUUCUUUUAAAUAUAGUCUCCUCCUUUACUGUGUUGAUCGAUGUAUUAAUACAUAAUACAGUUUAUGUAAUACAAUAGCCAAUUUCUGUUUCUGUUAAGUCCGCAGCUUGUGAGCAAAUUUCAUUUACAGCUUGUUUUAAAUAUUAAACGUGUGUACACUAUUGGAGACCUAGUUUUUUAGAUAUAUUUUGCCUGUGUGGAUCUGUGAGGAACGGACAAGCAAUCCUAAUCCAGGGCAGCAUUAGAUUUAGGAGAAAAUACCCAGAUUUUCUAUAUUAUUAAAAUUACGGUUUAGUGAAAAUGUACUGCUGUGGUGACUAUAACUUCACGUGAGAUUUAAUUGUGUCAAUUUCUAGAAAUGCUAAAUCUCCCCUCAUUAAAUCAUUUCCUCUGCAGGCUCGCUGAAAUGGAAAGUCAGAAUUGCUCCUUCUUCAACGAUAGCCUCUCCCCAGAUGACAGCCUGUGAGUCUUUCUGUUUUCAUAACUUGUUGCUCCCCAAGCUUCUUAUCAAGGCCUCGAUUUAAUACGUUUUCUAAACGAUUCGAUACUGAUUGGAAAACCUUCCCAAUAAUGUAUCUACAAAAGUCCCCAUUAAAGUCUCUGGGAAUUUUUGCUGAUAAAUCAUUUGGAAAGUUAUUUUAACAGUCGUUCAGAAAUAUUCCUAAAUUGAGGCCUAAAUCUGAAAUAAACAAAUAAAGCUAAAUAUUUCACUACUCUUGUGUGUGAAGCCUCAUUUUACAUUCAGUUAUACUGUGUUGUAUGUCCUUCUAGAGAUGAAGAUCAGUAUUUGCUUCGACACUCGAGUCCCAUUACAGACCGGGACCCAAGCAACACGUCGCAAACUCCUGGUACCUUUAAUCCAGAACAGGAACAAGGAGAGCUGGAAAAAAUCCUUGCCCACCUCGAGCAUGAGAACAGGUAUUCUAUUACUGCAGUUAGAUAUCCAAAGUGUGAUAUAAAUUAACUGAAAUAAUACCUGUAAACAGAAAUUAAAUAAUUGGAUUCUAAAACGUUUAUUGGUCAAUCAACUUUGUAUUUCAUAUUUGCAAAAAUAUAUCUGUACUGCUAUCCAUAGAUGAUAGCUACAAAAUAGAAACUGUGCAGCCAUGUGAGGAUGGGAUGAACAAAAUGGCUUCCCAGUCACUAGGGCAAUAAAUGGCGUGGGGAGGAACAAGGAUAGCCUACCUCCUAUUAUUUAUUUAACUCUGAUUCACAAACGUCUGAAUGAGAUCCUGAUUAAAAAUGUUCUGUGAAAAUGAAUGUGUAGCUAAAAUAUUUACUAAAGGUACAUUGCACAUCCUGGUUUAAAAUUGUCACAAAUUAUCACGUGUAGAAAUACUAUACAAAGUACAAGAUUUAAUCAUUUAUUAAACAUCAAAUAUCUACCGGGUCUUCUGCAAAAUAGGUCGACCUACUUUUCAGCACUUGCAAUCAACACUAUUUGUCCUUUGGCAGCACAAGCAGCUAGUGGGCAAACCGUUAAAAAGAAAACUUCAGGGGUUUGAGACAUGUAACUUUGGCAGUUGGCUAAAUACUGCUAGGCAGUCACCUUUAGGUAAUAAAAAAUGUAAUAUUGGGUGACCAAUGCUGGGAGCAUAAUGGGCAUGUUAUGGGUACUGUGGCUGGUCAUCCUUUAAUUCCGUUUCCUGUAUGGUGGAAUGGAGACCUGUUCAUGGUCCCUCACCAAGCCAACCACCCAUGCUGAGCAGGUGGGGGCUUAUUAAAUAAACUAUUCAGAAGGCUGCUCAGUUUUAAUAAGCCUCUUAGUUGUGGGUUUUAGGGUAUCAAUAUAAUAAUAGAAGGGCGAUUUGUGCUACUUGGCAGCCAGGUCCCUUAUUUAUCUCACAUAAACCAAAAAUAUAUAUUCUAGUACAGGUAAAUGAAAAUGUUUGUUUAAAAUGUAAGAACAGAUGUGAGAAAUAUGAUAAAAUAGAAUUCACAUGUCUGCUAGCUAGUCCCUGUUUAUUUAUUUAAUGAUGGUGUUUUUUUUUUUACUCCAGAAUUCUCCAAGGAGAGCUGAAACGGUUGAAGUGGCAGCAUGCAGAGGCUGGUGAAAGUGCAGUGUUGGGAGAGGUUUCUUCAGACUCGGGAGGUGGUGGCAGUGGUGAGGCACAGAGUGAAGAAUUGUUGAGUGAAGCACGGAUCUUAAGGCAUCACAAGAACCGUCUGGAAACACGUAUGCAGAUACUGGAGGACCACAACAAGCAGCUUGAGUCACAGUUACAUCGACUCAGAGAGCUGCUUCUGCAGGUAUAAGAGCAACAAAGGUUGAGUUACUUAUGGGGUGCAACUCCUUCUCUAGCAAGAGUUGUGCUUCCCUAUGCUCUCCAUUGGGGGCAAUUGUACUUUAAACAAGCUUCUGUAAGAUUGGACCAGAUUGGAUAGCCUUCGCUCCCCACCUGCAUCAAUGAGCCAUGGGCUCUGACGCUGUUUCACCAGAUGUCCUUCCUUGCACCAUUUUUGGUAGCUACUAACCACUGUAUACUGGGAACACUUCACAGGAUUUACCGUUUUGGUUAUUCUGACACAGUUGUCUAGCCAUCACUAUUUGGCCCUUCUCAAAGUAACUCCGUUUUCUACGCUUGCUCAUUUUUCCUGCUUCCAACACAUGAAAUUCAAGAAUUGACUGUUUACUUGCUGCCUAAUAUAUCCUACCCCUAGACAGGUGCCAUUGUAACAAUAUAAUCAGUGUUAUUCACGUCACCUGUCAGUGAUUUUAAAGGAAUACUAUAGGGUCAGGAACUUAACAUGUAUUCCUUAUCCUAUAGUGUUAAAAACACUGUCUAGCUCCCCUGGCAUUCCUUGCCCCCUAAAUAUAGUAUAAUAUUACCUUUAUUCCAUUCUGCUGGUGCUGGCUCUGCCCCUGAUCUGCAUCCUUGACUGACCUCAUCAGAAGUGAUGUUCUCCGCCAGUCACAAUGCUUUCCUAUUGGAAAGCAUUGGAUUGGCUGAGAUGAUUAAUUCUGAUGAUCUCAGGCAAGGAGGCAGAUCAGGGGCAGAGCCAGCACCAGCAGAAUGGAAUAAAGGUAAUAUUAUACUAUAUUUAGGGGGGCAAGGAAUGCCAGGGGAGCUAGACAGUGUUUUUAACACUAUAGGAUAAGGAAUACAUGUUAAGUUCCUGACCUGGCCAAACACCAACCUGGCCAAUCAGAACCUCCUCAUAGAGAUGCAUUGAAUCAGUGCAUCUCUAUGAGGAAAGUUCUGUGUCACCUAUAGCAGCCAUCUAAGGAGUGGCCAUUCAAAGUGUCCCUUGGCAGUAAAUAUUCUCUAAAAAGUGUUUAUUGCAUAAAGCCUGCAGGGACUGACUUUACUUACCAGAACAACUACAUUAAGCAGUAGUUGUUCUGGUGACUCUAGUGUCCCUUUAACCCCUUAAAGACACAUGACAUGUGUGACAUGUCAUGAUUCCCUUUUAUUCCAGAAGUUUGAUCCUUAAGGGGUUAAUGUUGUGGGUGAUCAGUCUAUAUUGAGCAUACACAUUGCUGUUAGGAACAUAUGUGUAGAAAGUUUCCUUUUUCUUAAAAUAAAUAUGUAUGAGAUUGCUUUUUUGUUUUAUAGUUUAGGGUUUGUUUUAUACUUACUGGAUUUUUUUAUAUUUUCAAACUGUCUAGAUUUGAUCUUACACUAUAUUCCAAUAUAUAUGUGAAUGUCUGGUUUUCAGCCAAACACAGAUGAUGGGAAACCUUCAUCUUCCUCCACUACUCCAGACUCUGAAAAUAAGUGUCCUGUGGAAAGGAAUGGCGGCACGCCAGAGACUGAGGCAGCAGGUAAGAAGAAAUAUUUCCUAAUAUUAUAGCGGUUAUGGCUAGCUGUGGGCAUGUGAACAGUGGAUUAGUACUAUCACAAAAUAUUACUUGGUAUACACACCGAUAGACCACUCAACUGUACGAUUACACUUACUGGAGACUGGGCAUCAUUGGCAAACGUUUACAAUGUUCUUGAAUUGUUUUACGAUUGAGCUGUCUGAAACAUUUAUUUGCUUGUUAAAAAUAGUUGGCAGUGGGCUGAGGUGUAUUAGAUUUAGACUCAUCACUUCAAAAGACAUACUUGUGUGUCAUAACCAAAAAACUAAUUAUUCAUUCCAGUAGCUUAGUGUCCGUUGCUUUCUAGCAGUGUUUCUCGGGUGGUUGAAAAACACUAAAUUAUACAAUGUUGUCUUCAAUCAGAUGUGUAGGGAUCAUCUUUAAAGCAUACUACACUGUGAACUCCCCACAUUUCCUGAUAUAAAUGAAAUAACUUUGAUUUGGUAGCUGAAAAGUGAACUAAAAAAAAUGUAAAUGUAAAAAAUUUAAAUAAAGUAAAACCUCUUGUAAUCAAUUUCUUAGGGGGUAAAAAGAAAAUGAAUAAUUUCACUGUUUUUCUUGUAUAACAUUUGCAGAUGAUGUGGACAGUCGGACUAGAGAAGUAGGAUUGUGUUUAGAAGACAUUAUGGAGAAACUAAGAAAUGCCUUCCCCAAUACUAGAGGUAUCCAAAACCGUCCUGAUCUUGCUCUAUGUCAGAUAAAGUAAAUAAUACCUUACUAUAUGACUCUUAUGUAUUCAUAUUUUUUGACAGUUUUUGUUCAGUCUUUGGGAAGAUUCUCUUAAUGAUAAAAAUGAUAAAUUGAUUUUACACUUGGGAGUUUACGGGUAGAUAAUUCCUGAAUCAGCGGAUUUUGUUUAAUUAACCUUAGCAUUAAAUUUUUUCUUCUCAGAUGUUGACAUGGCACCUGUGACGUCCAACACACUGCCUUUGUGACAAUAAACAUGCACAUGACAUAAAGUUUAUCCUCUUCUGGCAAGGUUCCAUAACGCAUCUUCCCAGCCAAUAUAAAGAAGAUAAAAGGUUCACAAGUAGCACCAGUCCCAAAUUAGGUUAUGGUUUUUCAAGCCUUGGCUGGACAGUAGCAUCUAGGCCUUCCUGAACUCCACGCUAGUUAUGAGAUGCCUAUGGAUUAAUGAAUUGUGGUUAUGUGCACACCUUACAUCACUGUGCCUACUUUGAUUUUUUCAAAGAUAUCUGAGUUAGAGGAUUGUGGUUAAUACCAACCCUCACCACUCCGAUUUGAGCUGGUAUUUUCAUGACUUACCGCAUGAGGAUCCUGGAUAACCAAUGAAAAACAGAAUGUCAAGGGAAAAGUGUUUCCCCCAAUUUCCACCACGAAGCACCAGGGACAACCACUAUCAAGUUCAAUGUUAACAGAGGAUUACAGAUAUCCCAAUGUUUUCUGGUUAUGAUGCAAAGAAUUGCCUUGGACUUCCAUCACACCUGAUCAAACCAAAAUUAUCCUCUGUAACAGAAAUUAUAAUCACAGAAACCCAAUUCCAGAAUUCCGAGUGAUCUUUUUUGUCAACGUGUAUCAGGAUCACUCACACUCUGAAUAUCUUAACAUGCUCCAAGAGGUUAUUUUCUCUUCUGUUUUUUGUAUUUUUUUUUCAAACAGGAGACAGCUAUGAUUAAUAUGUUUUAAUGUUUUGUCUUGCUUUCCUUUUUAUCUAGGUGCAGAUAAAAGGAUGGGUAGUUUGUGAUUACAAUGUGAUACCAUUCAUUUUAAGAGUGCUGUAAAGAAUAGGGGAAUGUACAAGUAAAAGCUACGUUAAGGGAUGUGCACUUGUAGCUAGGAAGUAACAUCUGAGAAUGUGUAGGUAAUACGUUUAAAUAUAUUGGUAAAGUCAGAAUUUGUCUGUGUAGAUGUAUAGAGGGAAAAAAAAUCUGUCAUAUAUCGUGAAUCUGUCAGCGUUUCAUCUAUGGGUGCACUAUAAAUAAGCAGAGCCAAAGAUUAAUAUAUUUGAAGCAGUUAAAAUGAAAUCAUAUUAAUUAUAUAUUUCAUUAGCAGGUAAAUAUUAAAAUGAAUAGCAAAACAAUUACAGGAGUAAGGUCCAAAUAAAUAGCUGUAAUAGUAAAACUGCUGUUAAAUUUAAUCUAAAUGAUUUUUGUUUUUUUACCAUGAGGAACUGCGGUGGAUAACCAAACCAGCAAUUGAAUAUUAUCCAGUACCAUAAAUGCAUAUAGAUACCUGUAAAUAAGAAAUAUUAAACACUAAAGAAGUGUAAGGGUAUAACCAAUAUAUCCUGAAUAAGUACAAUCAUUAGAUAUUUAUAUAGACUUGUAAAAUAUUAAAUAACGAUUUUACUGACAUAACAGAAUAAUUUAUAGUAGCUAGCUUAUAAUUUAAUUUUUUUUUUUAACAGUGGAAAUCAGCUAUAGUAAUAUUUAUAGAAAUGGAUAAUUUAACUCAUUUCAGUUAACAUGUUGACUAAUAAGUGUUUGCAUCAUGUGUAAUGACCAUUCCAACCGUUGAAUGUAUCUAUCCAAUGUUAAUGGUAAAAUUUCUACAGGCAAAUGAAAACGCUGGAUAACGAAUUCCAAUCAUUUAUUUUACUGGUACUCAUGGGUAAAGACAUUUGCAAUUGCAAACAAUCCUUCUAAAACAAUUUUAUACAUUUCUUGUGAUCCUUCGCCCUGUUGAAAGCAGACUGGAAAGAGGAAAUAUUGACAGAAAAGAUACAGAGAACUUUGAAGUGACAAUGAAAAGUGAUCUGAGAAGAGUUCUAAGGGGUAAUAAAGCAAAGCACGGGGCAACAGUAAAUGGAGACAUAAGGUUUUUUUUUUCCUUCAUCUAAAAUGGAAAAUAUACUUUUGGUGGUGACUGGUGGUAGUAUGUAGUGUUGGGGUGGGCAAGUAGAUGUUUGUUUAAAAGUAAGAGACGUUUGUUGGGCAAAGUGUAGUUCUCCGUCCUUAAAGAAAAAAGCAAAGUUGGUAAUAUUGGAAUAUUGGUUUAAGUUACUUACUUUUUUGAAGUCUAACCAGUAACAAUCUUUUGAAAAGAAAAAAUAUAUAUAUUUCAAAUUUUGAAACCAAAAUAAAGUUGUCUUUGAAAUGCCACAGUGCAUCGAGUUUUCUGGGCAUAAAACAAUAUUUAGACCAAAAGUGCCCAAAUGGAACAUCCCAUGAUACUUUACAAGUACAACUUCCAUGAUGCUUGGGUUUUCUAAAAUCUGGGAAUGCAUCAUGGAAGUUAAGGUUGUACAACAUCCAGAAAUCUAAAUUCUGAGCACCCCUCGUUUUAGACACUUUUGGCCUAACUCAUGCUUCACAGGAUUUACAAUCCCCAACUUGAGACCCUAGCCUGCUGUCAACCCUUUUUGGGAAAACCGGAUACAAGUCUCUUAUAAUUCCAGUGCAAGUGCAAAAUUAGACAGGCUCACACUGUGCAAAUGAUCUCACUGCAUUCAGCACACAUUAGAGUGCUUCAGUAGAGCUCUGCACAGGGGCUAUCUCCUUAGUGGGAUGCAUUCCAGACUGAUAUUUAUACAUACUUAAUUCCCACCAAGGUACCACAUUCCGAUCUUCCAGUGAAUGGUAUGCAAACACAAUGCAGCAUGCGAAUGGAAUGCUCAAAGCAUAAUUAUAUCAAAACAACAUGAAGUGCAUGGCCAUGAAAGCCUGCAAAGUUAAAGGGACACUAUAGGCACCCAAACAACUUUAGCUUAAUG